AUGCAGAAUGAAGAGCUGAUGGGGAUCAGACGAGAGGAGGAGAUGGAGAUGUCUGACGAUGACAUGGAGGAUAAACACGAUCCUGACGACUCAGGUACACACACACAUAGCACACACACACACACACACGCACACACACACACGUGCACACACACACUGUUUGAAUGGAUCCGUAACAUUAGGCAGGAUGGAGCCGGCCCGCUCAUUAGGCAGGAUGGAGCCGGCCCGCUCAUUAGGCAGGAUGGAGCCUGCCCGCUCAUUAGGCAGGAUGGAGCCUGCCCGCUCAUUAGGCAGGAUGGAGCCGGACCGAUCAUUAGGCAGGAUUAGGCAGCCGCCUAUGGCAGCAGAUUGACGAGGGAGGCAUUUUCUGAGCUAAACUGACCAAAACACACCUCCAACAACAACACAUAAAACCUCACAUAAUUCUGCCCAAAAACAAUGACAAUUCCUCUCAACCCGUGACAUAUGGGCUUUUUAGCUGAGCGCUGAUAUCGCCCUGUGAUAAACAAUACCCACUUUGUCAAAGGCAGGGGAGCAAAAUAUUUAGCUUGUCCAUUCCCAGCACGCCUCUCCAGGGUGCUGUUGGAGAGACGCAUCUCUGUAGCGCUCCACCAACAUUCCGUCAAAAAAUUAAUCUUACAUAAAUCAUGUAGCAGAUAUAGCAUAUGGUAGAAAUAGUUUUUUCUGUAGCCUACAGGGUGGAGAUAAAAUGUAUGACAAUGUAUUGAGAUGGACAGUUUUUACAUCAUACAGGUUUCAAAUAACCUAACCUAAAUGGCACCCAAUCAAAUAAAACAUUAGCUGUCAUGUAAAAAAAAAAUAUGUAUAUAUAUAUAUCCUAAAAACAGUCAAAGUAAAAUGGACAAUAUGAAAUGGACAAUCAUGCUACGCACAACUGCUGUCCAGGAGAUUCACCCUGUGGGGUAAAUUGUACUUCUGCAAAAAAUACUUCUGUGUAAACACAUUGCAAAUAGGCUCGCGAUAACUCCUGAUAAAGUUGGGUAGCUGAUAUUCAGAACUUAAAUAGCCAAAUUGAUUAGUCACAGGAAUUGGGACUAAUAAAACCAAUGCAAUGGCCUGUUUUACAAACGGUGGUCGUACCACAUGGAUGGGAAUUCAUAAAAUUCCAUUGUGGCCGACAUGGUAGUCUACACCCCAGUAAGCACAAACCCACGUCUUUUUGACAUAUUUUUUUUGUGGUCUUUUUUUGUGUUUUACAAGCGGUAGGCUUACCACAUAGAUGGGCAUUCAAAAAAUUCAAUUUCAGGCCACACUGUACUGUCACGAUCGAGGUAAGGAGUAGACCAAGGCGCAGCGUGAUGAACAAACAUGACUUUAAUUAGUUAAAGCACGAAACAAAACAAGAAACGACUCGUGACGUCCACGGUAUCAAUGACCGAACACGGAACAAAAACCCACAACCACAAAGGGAAAACAUACAGUUUAAAUAUGGCUCCCAAUCAGAGACAACCAGCCAACAGCUGACACUCGUUGCCUCUGAUUGGGAGUCACUCAGGCAAACAUAGAAUACAACAAACUAGAAUGAACACCAACAUAGAAAUACACACAUAGAAAUGAACACACCCUGGCUCAACAUAAUGAGUCCCAGAGCCAGGGUGUGACAGUACUCCCCCCUAAAGGCGCGGACUGCGACCGCGCCUCAACUAAACAAACCAGGGGAGGGCUGGGCGGGCAUACCUCCUCGGCGGCGGUUCUGGCUCCGGCCUUGACCACCACCCUCCAAUACACCCCCCAUAGUGCCCCUGGUCCAGUCUGGCCCCGCCGGCUGGAGCAGGACUGGACUUAACAGGAGCGAUCCUUACCAGGCUGUCGACUCGCACCCCUGGCUUGGUGCGUGGAGGAGGAACGAGCCUUACCAGGCUGACGACUCGCACCCCUGGCUUGGUGCGUGGAGGAGGGACGGGCCUUACCAGGCUGACGACGCGCACCCCUGGCUUUGUGCGUGGAGGAGGAACGGGCCUUACCAGGCUGACGACUCGCACCCCUGGCUUGGUGCGUGGAAGAGGGACGGGCCUUACCAGGCUGACGACUCGCACCCCUGGCUUGGUGCGUGGAGGAGGAACGGGCCUUACCAGGCUGACUUCUCGCACCCCUGGCUUAGUGCGAGUGGCAGGAACAGGCCGGACCGGGCUGGCGACGCGCACCGUAGGUUUGGUGCGAGUGGCAGGAACAGGCCGGGUCGGGCUGGCGACGCGCACCGUAGACUUGGUGCGGGUGGCAGGAACAGGCCGGGUCGGGCUGGCGACGCGCACCGUAGACUUGGUGCGGGUGGCAGGUACAGGCCGGACCGGGCUGGCGACACGCACCGUAGGUUUGGUGCGAGUGGCAGGAACAGGCCGGGUCGGGCUGGCAACGCGCACCGUAGACUUGGUGCGGGUGGCAGGAACAGGCCGGACCGGGCUGGCGACGCGCACCGUAGGUUUAGUGCGUGGAGCAGGGACAGGCCGGGCUGGGCUGUCGACGCACACCGUAGGCUUGGUGCGUGGAGCAGGGACAGGCCGGGCUGGGCUGUCGACGCACACCGUAGGCUUGGUGCGUGGAGCAGGGACAGGCCGGGCUGGGCUGUCGACGCACACCGUAGGCUUGGUGCGUGGAGCAGGGACAGGCCGGGCUGGGCUGGCGACGCACACCGUAGGCUUGGUGCGUGGAGCAGGGACAGGCCGGACUGGGCUGGCGACGCACACCGUAGGCUUGGUGCGUGGAGCAGGGACAGGCCGAACCGGGCUGUGGAGACGGAUAGGAGGCCUGGAGUGAAGAGCGGCCACCACCCGUCCUGGCUGAAUGCCUACCCUCACACACUCUGUGUGAGGCAUCCGCACAGGACGUACAGGGCGGUGAACCCCUGGCCUGGUGGCCUUCUGGAUCCGCCCCCUUUUCUCCUCCGUCAGCCCCGUCGUCCAUUCCGUGUGCCCCCCCCCUAAAAAUGUUCUGGGGUUGCCUCACGACCGUCCGACGACGACCCUGAUCACGCCGUUGCUCCUCUCUCCGUCGCCUCUCCACUGUCUCACUCCAUGGCCGGCGAUCCAUCCCGGCCAGGAUUUCCCCCCAAGUCCAGGACCCUUUACCGUCCAAUAUCUCCUCCCAUGUCCAGGCUGCCUGCUCCUGGACACGCUGCUCCUCUUUCGCCAGGGCCUUUCCCGGCGCUUCCUCCCAUGUCCACCCCAAGGGCUGCCCCUGGACACGCUGCUUGGUCGUUGCAUGGUGGGUUUUUCUGUCACGAUCGAGGUAAGGAGUAGACCAAGGCGCAGCGUGAUGAACAAACAUGACUUUAAUUAGUUAAAGCACGAAACAAAACAAGAAACGACUCGUGACGUCCACGGUAUCAAUGACCGAACACGGAACAAAAACCCACAACCACAAAGGGAAAACAUACAGUUUAAAUAUGGCUCCCAAUCAGAGACAACCAGCCAACAGCUGACACUCGUUGCCUCUGAUUGGGAGUCACUCAGGCAAACAUAGAAUACAACAAACUAGAAUGAACACCAACAUAGAAAUACACACAUAGAAAUGAACACACCCUGGCUCAACAUAAUGAGUCCCAGAGCCAGGGUGUGACAUGUACGCUACACCUCAGUAAGCACGGACCGACGUCAACGCCUUUUUGACGUCUUUUUUUGUUGCCUUGAUUUCCACAUCCACGGACAUUGGUUUUUGGUCCUGACCAAAUCUGAACCAAUCAUAGACGUCUAUGUUUGGUUCAGAUUCGGUCCGGUCUGGAUCUGCCAAACAUAGACAUUUAUAAACUAUGUAUUUUCAACUUUCUUUCAGUACCAUAAAUUAACCUUAUUUCAUUGUCCGGAAAAUAAAUAUUUUCAACGUCUGGAAAAUACGUAUUUUCAAUGUCCAGAAAAUAUGUAUUUUCACCUUUCAUUCAGAACCUAAAUUGAACCUAACUUCAACGUCUUUUAAAUGUCAUUUUGCUUACUGGGACUAUUCUAGUUUUGUGGGGGGCGCCAUUUUUUUUGUCUCGCCUAGGGUGGCAGAAAGGCAAGGACCGGCCCUGAUUAGAGAGGAGUCGUCAGCUCAUUCACUCUCUAAAUUACCAAAUUAAGUAUAGUUUUCUCCAGACUGUCUGAGUGUGUGUGUUUAUGAGAAAUAGAUAUUGCACACAAUUGGUAGACACUCUAACACUGUAGUUGGUAGACACUUUAACACUGUAGUUGGUAGACACGCUAACACUGUAGUUGGUAGACACUUUAACACUGUAGUUGGUAGACACUUUAACACUGUAGUUGGUAGACACUUUAACACUGUAGUUGGUAGACAUUCUAACUCUAGUUGGUGGACACGUUAACACUGUAGUCCCGUGUAGCUCAGUUGGUGGAGCAUGGCGUUUGCAACGCCAGGGAUGUGGAUUCAAUUCCCACGGGGGGCCAGUAUGAAAAUGUGUACACUCACUAACUGUAAGUCGCUCUGGAUAAGAGUGUCUACUAAAAUGUAAAACAAAUGUACAAUGUAGACACUUUAACACUGUAGUUGGUAGACAUUUUAACUCUAGUUGGUAGACACUGCAGGCUAUAGCUCUCCUGACUGGAGAUGUCAAUCAAUAAUGUACAUGUACAGUGGGGAAAAAAGUAUUUAGUCAGCCACCAAUUGUGCAAUUUCUCCCACUUAAAAAGAUGAGAGAGGCCUGUAAUUUUCAUCAUAGGUACACGUCAACUAUGACAGACAAAAUGAGAAAAAAAAUCCAGAAAAUCACAUUGUAGGAUUUUUUAUGAAUUUAUUUGCAAAUUAUGGUGGAAAAUAAGUAUUUGGUCAAUAACAUAAGUUUCUCAAUACUUUGUUAUAUACACUUUGUUGGCAAUGACACAGGUCAAACGUUUUCUGUAAGUCUUCACAAGGUUUUCACACACUGUUGCUGGUAUUUUGGCCCAUUCCUCCAUGCAGAUCUCCUCUAGAGCAGUGAUGUUUUGGGGCUGUCGCUGGGCAACACAGACUUUCAAAUCCUUCCAAAGAUUUUCUAUGGGGUUGAGAUCUGGAGACUGGCUAGGCCACUCCAGGACCUUGAAAUGCUUCUUACGAAGCCACUCCUUCGUUGCCCGGGCGGUGUGUUUGGGAUCAUGUCAUGCUGAAAGACCCAGCCACGUUUCAUCUUCAAUGCCCUUGCUGAUGGAAGGAGGUUUUCACUCAAAAUCUCACGAUACAUGGCCCCAUUCAUUCUUUCCUUUACACGGAUCAGUCGUCCUGGUCCCUUUGCAGAAAAACAGCCCCAAAGCAUGAUGUUUCCACCCCCAUGCUUCACAGUAGGUAUGGUGUUCUUUGGAUGCAACUCAGCAUUCUUUGUCCUCCAAACAUGACGAGUUGAGUUUUUACCAAUAAAUUCUAUUUUGGUUUCAUCUGACCAUAUGACAUUCUCCCAAUCCUCUUCUGGAUCAUCCAAAUGCACUCUAGCAAACUUCAGACGGGCCUGGACAUGUACUGGCUUAAGCAGGGGGACACGUCUGGCACUGCAGGAUUUGAGUCCCUGGCGGCGUAGUGUGUUACUGAUGGUAGGCUUUGUUACUUUGGUCCCAGCUCUCUGCAGGUCAUUCACUAGGUCCCCCCGUGUGGUUCUGGGAUUUUUGCUCACCGUUCUUGUGAUCAUUUUGACCCCACGGGGUGAGAUCUUGCGUGGAGCCCCAGAUCGAGGGAGAUUAUCAGUGGUCUUGUAUGUCUUCCAUUUCCUAAUAAUUGCUCCCACAUUUGAUUUCUUCAAACCAAGCUGCUUACCUAUUGCAGAUUCAGUCUUCCCAGCCUGGUGCAGGUCUACAAUUUUGUUUCUGGUGUCCUUUGACAGCUCUUUGGUCUUGGCCAUAGUGGAGUUUGGAGUGUGACUGUUUGAGGUUGUGGACAGGUGUCUUUUAUACUGAUAACAAGUUCAAACAGGUGCCAUUAAUACAGGUAACGAGUGGAGGACAGAGGAGCCUCUUAAAGAAGAAGUUACAGGUCUGUGAGAGCCAGAAAUCUUGCUUGGUUGUAGGUGACCAAAUACUUAUUUUCCACCAUAAUUUGCAAAUAAAUACAUUAAAAAUCCUACAAUGUGAUUUUCUGGACACAUUUUUCUCAAUUUGUCUGUCAUAGUUGACGUGUACCUAUGAUGAAAAUUACAGGCCUCUCUCAUCUUUUUAAGUGGGAGAACUUGCACAAUUGGUGGCUGACUAAAUACUUUUUUUCCCCACUGUAUCUAUGAUGUCAAUCAACCAGUAACCCCUCCUCUAUAGCACCUGGCUAUGAUGGUUUACAGUGAGAGGAUUGAUUCUAAUAAAGCUGUGAAUUGGGAGCUUUAACAGUGUGCGGGUCUUCUUGUUCUAUACUAGGAUUUAUACUAAACCUUAACGGUGAAAUAACUCAUUCCACAGAGGGCCGAUUGUCUGUGGGUAUUUGGUUUUUCCUUUCAAUUAAGACCUAGACAACCAGGUGAGGGGAGUUCCUUACUAAUUAGUGACUGUAAUUCAUCAAUCAAGUACAAGGGAGGAGCAAAAACCAACAGACACUCAGCCCUCCGUGGAAUGAGUUUGACAUUACAUUUACAUUUUAGUCAUUUAGCAGACGCUCUUAUCCAGAGCGACUUACAGUUAGUUGACAUCAGUGCUAUAGAGGAAUAGGAGUAUCUGUGAAGUGACACCUGUCCUCUCUGAAAUGAUAAUCAUUCCACUCCAGCACCUCAGAAUUACACAUGAAUGAGACUGACACUGCAGGCAGCUGACACUGUGAAUGGACUGGUGUGGUGGAGAUUAUUCCCUGGCCUGCCUCUCUAAAUGGGGAUGCUCAUAGUUACAGCUGGAACAAAGUGUGUGUGUGUGUGUGUGUGUGUGUGUGCUCAUUUAGGGCUGUUCUGGGCACCACUGAAGUGCAAUUAGGGUCGUCUUUACACAGAACAUCCUGUUUAUGUCUGCUGAGCCAACAGAGCUACUGAUGUAAAACACAUUGAAACAGACCAUCAUAUUCACCUGGACAUUCAGAUGACCCUCUGCUUCUCUCUAAAGCAGUUAGAGAGAGAAGGGAAUGGAAGCAACGAGAGCGGGGCUAACUGCUACAAUCAAGUCUCCUCUUCAAGUGCUUUUGAAUUGUUGUGAUCUCUGCCGGUUAUGACCGCCUCCCUAAUUUCUAUGCAGAUAUAUUCAAAUGUUUUCAUCAGCCUACCAUGUUUUUAGUUCCACCUCUUUUCCUGUGCGACCUUGCUUAUUAGAAAACACUAACAAUCAUUGUCAGAGGCUGUCACAAUGUUGGAAGGGAACGCUGUGGAGAAGGGCACAGGAUGUGGUGGGGGGACAGGUGUUGAUGUGACACCCCAUCAUAUUUACAGUAACAGUCUCCGUUCACACCUGCUAGGGCUCCCUGUAACCCAGGAGCAAUCCUGUAUAAGAAGCCUUGUCUCUGUGCUGUCAAUCAUGCAGACAGGUUGUCUGUUUAAUCUAUCGGCAGGCUGGAAGAAGAACACCUGUAUUCUAUUUUGAAGCCUUCAGCCCACCCAGUUUGUGUCGUUAAAGCUAAUCGAUGCUAAUGGGAAAGUAUCCUAAGCCCAUUGAUACAGUGCAGAGUGGGAAUGGGUUGGUGCUUCUCCAUUGAUACAGUGCAGAGUGGGAAUGGGUUGGUACUUCUCCAUUGAUACAGUGCAGAGUGGGAAUGGGUUGGUGCUUCUCCAUUGAUACAGUGCAGAGUGGGAAUGGGUUGGUGCUUCUCCAUUGAUACAGUGCAGAGUGGGAAUGGGUUGGUUCUUCUCCAUUGAUACAGUGCAGAGUGGGAAUGGGUUGGUGCUUCUCUCCUGUCAGCAGCCCUGUGCUGAGGUGCUGGCUCACACACACACACACACACACACACACACACACACACAGCAGGUCGAUGAAUCAGAGGUCUCUCUCUCAGCUCAAACAUACAUAUAAUGCCAGAUUCAAAGCAGGCAGCUGGAGUCCCUUUGUGAGUUACACACACACACACACACACACACACACACACACACACACACACACACACACACACACACACACACCCUAUGCUGGGCCUCCGUCACACACUCACUCUCAGGUCUUAUCUUCGCAGCUCAGCCACUCAAACACACCCUCUCAUUACAUCACACACAUCCCCCUCCGACAGCUGUAGAGAACAGACUCUCCUAUCAAAGGAACAGGGGAUGAGUAGUUCUCAUCACACUGUCUCUCCUGUCUGUUCAAUAGGACAGGUUAGGAUUUAAUGAGUAGUUCUCAUCACAUUCUCUCCUGUCUGUUCAAUAGGACAGGUUAGGAUUGAAUGAGUCAUUCUCAUUACAUUCUCUCCUGUCUGUUCAAUAGGACAGGUUAGGAUUUAAUGAGUAAUUCUCAUCACAUUCUCUCCUGUCUGUUCAAUAGGACAGGUUAGGAUUUCAUGAGUAAUUCUCAUCACAUUCUCUCCUGUCUGUUCAAUAGGGCAGGCUAGGAUUUCAUGAGUAAUUCGCAUCACAUUCUCUCCUGUCUGUUCAAUAGGACAGGUUAGGAUUUCAUGAGUAAUUCUCAUCACAUUCUCUCCUGUCUGUUCAAUAGGACAGGUUAGGAUUUCAUGAGUAAUUCUCAUCACAUUCUCUCCUGUCUGUUCAAUAGGACAGGUUAGGAUUUCAUGAGUAAUUCUCAUCACAUUCUCUCCUGUCUGUUCAAUAGGACAGGUUAGGAUUUCAUGAAUAAUUCUCAUCACAUUCUCUCCUGUCUGUUCAAUAGGGCAGGUUAGGAUUUCAAAGCCUCCAGUAUAGUUGUAGUAUGUCCUCAGAUCAUCAGUACAGACAUUUGAAGGCUGUCUGUACAGGACAAUGUUAUGAUAGUUGUGAUGUUCUGUCUCUCCUGUGUGUGUGUCUGUGUGUGUGUGUGUGUGUGUGUGUGUGUGUGUGUGUGUGUGUGUGUGUGUGUGUGUGUGUGUGUGUGUGUGUGUGUGUGUGUGUGUGUGUGUGUGUGUGUGUGUGUGUGUGUAGGCCCUGUGGCCCAGGUGGAGGCCCUAAAGGAAGAGAAUGACUCUCUGCGCUGUCAGCUGGAUGCCUACAGGAACGAGGUGGAGCUGCUGAAGCAGGAGCAGGGGCAAGAACCAAGAACACACACCUCCACAACACAGUGAAGAGGACACCAUCAGGCAGCAACAACUAACCUUUCUACAACAGGCACUACAGGGAAUGCAGAAGGUACUACUUCUACCACACAUACACAGUGGAGUUAACUUCUUGCAGCAGGUCCUACUUUGGAUUUAUUUUAAGCAAUUUCACAGGAAUCUUUAACUUCCUGGUUCCAUACAGAUAUUAAACCCCUGCAGAUUCUGGCUUGUGAGACUCAUAAUCCAUUGGUUUGGCUUCUUGGGGUGACUAGUCGUUUUGUGGAAAAGUGACUUUUAAUAGAGGUGGAUAGAGAACUGCCCUCCCAAUCACACACACACACAUACGCACGCACGCACACACACACACACACACAACACUGAGAAAGAGGGAGAGCGAGGGACAGGGCGAGAGAGAGGGACAGGGAGAUAGAGAGGGAUAGGGAGAGAGAGAUGCAAGGUGAAAACGAGAGCAGCAGAGGGGUGCACUCUGAGAGUACGAUGGAUAGAGAGAUAGAAAGAACAAUAGAAAGACUUGACAGGAAGAGAGUCAUUCUAGAAUCUGAUCAGUCUGCUGACCUAGACACUGUACAUAAACUAAUACCAGCUGGAGGGUUUUUCUAAUAAAAUCCCCUCAGAGAAAACAAACCAUCAUACUGUUGGUAAGAUAAACAACCCUCAGGCAGGAAAUAUGUUUCUUCCAUCACCUGCUGGGUCGUCAAAUAUCCUCAAGUAGUCAACGGUCAUGCUCAUAUGAAUAGACAGAUGGUAAUUACUUUUCCAACACACAAGUUUGAACAUUUCCAUGAAAAUAUAAAAUGAAUGGAUUAAAAGACACAAAUCAGAUGCUUUUUAUUGCUCUGUGCUAAAUUGCGUUAUCAUGCGGGCUCUGGCGUAUUACCAUGUUAAAUGUUGUCAGCAGGUGACUUGAGUCUGCCCAGGUUCUGCGAAUUUCUUCCACUUGUGAGUCAUGUAAUAAUACGUGCGUAUUUCAGCCUAAACCCAACUGAGACUGUGAUGGUUUUUUUAUAAGAUGAAAUGGAUAAGGAGAAAGGACUUUUCAGCUUCUACAUGGUUCUGACCUGGAGAAGCAGAGACACUACAUAGAGAAGCUAUGAGCUAAAAGUUCCUUACUCGAUGGUAAAUCCUGAAACAUAAGGGUUAGCAUCGCUGGCUAACUUGGUUUCCUCUAUGGAGCUGAUGGAUAAAGGGUUAAUAACUAGCAUGCGUCAUAUGCCUGUAGUAAGCGAGCAUCUGUGGCUAACUGUGCCUUCUCUGUCUUAAGGGUUAGGUAGCAUUUGUGGCUAUCUGUGUCUUCUCUCUAAAUAUUAGUUAGCAUAUAUAGCUAACUGUAUCUCCUCUGUUUCAGAAGCUUAAAGGUGAGUUAGAAUAUUUGUCUCACUGUAUGUCCUCUGUGUUUGCAGCAACUGCUGAAGAUGUGUGAAGAAAUGAAACAGAGGGAGGCGGAGCUGGAGAAGAGUGUGGAGGACAAACAGCAGCUUGAGAGCCAAGUACAGAGUCUCAAGGAAGGACUGGAGAGUCUGAAGAAAACACGCACACCACAGGUCAGUAACACAUACACGCUCGCACGCACACAAACACACACACACACACACACACACAAACACACUCACACAUCCUACCAUUGUGUUUUUAUUUUACCUUGUUAUUUUUGUAUCACAAUGUAAUUGAUUACUGUAUUGUUGGGGUUAGAGCUUGCAAGAAAGGCAUUUCACUGUACUUGUGCAUCUGACACUUGAAACUUGUGUGAGACAUUGCUAGAUAAUGUCAGUCAUCUUGUAGUCAUGUUCCCUGAUACAAUAGUAAACUGCCCCUCAUUGUCUUAUUGUAACCUCAGUUCUCUUUAUCAACUAGUUUCUUUGUUUCCCUCUGAGAAAGAGGAGGGAUGGGAUGAAAGCUCUCAGUUAAUAGAGAAUAGUGUGUGUGGUUCAUGAGUUUGGCUGGCUGUAAAGACUCCUGGGGUUUGAAAUGCAAUUACCAUAUCUGAUUUGUGCUGCAAUUAGAAUGAAAUUAGUUCAAAAUGAGUUUCAAUGUAUGAGAAAUGUUUCCGAAAUAAUUAAUCAGCUACCAGAGCCCAGGAUGUGGUAGACUUCAAUGAGAGUUAAUCAGUUUCAAAAGUUUUACAUUUCUCCUUUAUCCCCUCUUAUGGACCUCAGGAGGGUACGCGAUGUGCUAGCUGCCUAUCAAGCAUUGACUGAGACCAGUCAUUUAAAAUGCCAUUGAGAGAGACCAGUCAUUUAAAAUGCCAUUGAGAGAGACCAGUCAUUUAAAAUGCCAUUGAGAGAGACCAGUCAUUUAAAAUGCCAUUGAGAGAGACCAGUCAUUUAAAAUGCCAUUGAGAGAGACCAGUCAUUUAAAAAGCCAGAGAGUGACAGUCCAGUCAUUUAAAUCACCAUCCAUAGAGAGAAAUAGACUGGUCAUUUCAAAAGCAAUAGAGAAAUAGAUCUGAUCAUUUCCAAAGCUAUGGAGAAAUAGACAGGUCAUUUCCAUCCAGGUCAGGCCACUGGUCCUCUCCUCUACCAGCUAGAACGUCUCCCUGUAGCUGCACUGUACAGUAAUAAAAACUAAUGCUGCUGCUGCAGCCCAGAGCCUAGCUAUAGCAAAACACCACCAACUACAACCAACCCCUUUAUAUUAGGCAUAUAUUACCACUGGAUACAACCAGACUCUUUAGACAAAUAUUACCACUGGCUGCAACUAGCAUCUUUACAUUAGCCAUAUAUCACUACUAGCUACAACUAGCAUCUUUACAUUAGCCAAAUAUCACCAUUGGUUACAUCUAGAAUCUUUAUAGUCGCCAAGAAAUCACCACUGGCUACAACUAUCAUCUUUAUAUUAGUCAUAUACUGUAUCACCCUGGCUACAACUUGCAUCUUUGCAUUAGCAAUAUAUCACUACUGGCUACAACUAGCAUAUUUGCGUUAGCCAUAUAUCACUACUGGCUACAACUAGCACCUUUUAUUAGCCAUAUAUCAUUACUGGCUACAACUAGCAUCUUUUCAUUAGCUAUAUAUCACCACUGGAUAUACGUAUAUGCAUUAGUCAUAUAUCACCACUGGGUACAACUAGCAUCUUUGCAUUAGCCAUACCGGUAUAUCAUCACUGGCUACAACUAGCAUCUUUGCAUUAGCCAUACCAGUAUAUUACCACUGGCUACAACUAGCAUCUUUGCAUUAGCCAUUCUGGUAUAUCACCACUGGCUACAACAAGUUCUAUAUUAUCCUCCCUCCAAAACUGUCUUGUCUCACCAUCCUAAAUUAGUUGUAUAUCUUAAGCGGCUAAAAUCUAUCUUGUCCCCUGUAGAGCUGUAAUAUAGCCAGUGUUAAUGGUUGUGUUGCUCAUGGGAUAACGUUGGCUGAGCAGGAUUCCAGAGGGAGGGUUGACAAGAGAAUGAGCUUCCUGUUCAAUCAGCUAUUUAAUCAGAUAAAGAGAAUACUGAUAUGAGAGUCAAAUGGUGCGUGCUCCAUAUUUGAUUGCUUUUUUUCCCAAUCUAGACACAUUUUCUCUUCUCUGCCUCCUGUAGCCGCUUGGCUAGUUGUUUCAUUGACUUCGGUGAAUUAGUCAUUCUAGACCUGCUGGCUGGGUAAUAUAUAUUAAUUAAAAUCAAAGAGAGUGACAGGGUUGUCAAUAUCUGGUUUAAUAGUGAUGCCGUACAUUAGAAUGAGUCUAGGCACUGAAAUGUGUCCCCUUCCAGUGAUCCAUGGGUAAUAUGGUAAUUAAAACAUGUUUACACACAGAGAUGAACCCCUUCCAGUGAUCCAUGGGUAAUAUGGUAAUUAAAACAUGUAUACACACAGAGAUGAACCCCUUCCAGUGAUCCAUGGGUAAUAUGGUAAUUAAAACAUGUUUACACACAGAGAUGAACCCCUUCCAGUGAUCCAUGGGUAAUAUGGUAAUUAAAACAUGUUUACACGCAGAGAUGAACCCCUUCCAGUGAUCCAUGGGUAAUAUGGUAAUUAAAACAUGUACAGUGAGGGAAAAAAGUAUUUGAUCCCCUGCUGAUUUUGUACGUUUGCCCACUGACAAAGAAAUGAUCAGUCUAUAAUCUUAAUGGUAGGUUUAUUUGAACAGUGAGAGACAGAAUAACAACAAAAAAAUCCAGAAAAAAGCAUGUAAAAAAUUGUAUAAAUUGAUUUGCAUUUUAAUGAGGGAAAUACGUAUUUGACCCCCUCUCAAUCAGAAAGAUUUCUGUCUCCCAGGUGUAUUUUAUACAGGUAACGAGCUGAGAUUAGGAGCACACUCUUGUUACCUGUAUAAAAGACACCUGUCCACAGAAGCAAUCAAUCAAUCAGAUUCCAAACUCUCCACAAUGGCCAAGACCAAAGAGCUCUCCAAGGAUGUCAGGAACAAGAUUGCAGACCUACACAAGGCUGGAAUGGGCUACAAGACCAUCGCCAAGCAGCUUGGUGAGAAGGUGUCAACAGUUGGUGCGAUUAUUCGCAAAUGGAAGAAACACAAAAGAACUGUCAAUCUCCCUUGGCCUGGGGCUCCAUGCAAGAUCUCACCUCGUGGAGUUGCAAUGAUCAUGAGAACGGUGAGGAAUCAGCCCAGAACUACACAGGAGGAUCUUUAUUUUUUUAUUUAUUUUUUUCACCUUUAUUUAACCAGGUAAGCCAGUUGAGAACAAGUUCUCAUUUACAACUGCGACCUGGCCAAGAUAAAGCAAAGCAGUGCGAUAAAAACAACAACACAGAGUUACAUAUGGGGUAAAACAAAACAAAGUCAAAAAUACAACAGAAAAAAAAAAUAUAUAUAUAUACAGUGUGUGCAAAUGUAGCAAGUUAUGGAGGUAAGGCAAUAAAUAGGCUAUAGUGCAAAAUAAUUACAAUUAGUAUUAACACUGGAAUGAUAGAUGUGCAAGAGAUGAUGUGCAAAUAGAGAUACUGGGGUACAAAUGAGCAAAAUAAAUAACAAUAUAGGGAUGAGGUAGUUGGGCGGGCUAAUUUCAGAUGGGCUGUGUACAGGUGCAGUGAUCGGUAAGGUGCUCUGACAACUGAUGCUUAAAGUUAGUGAGGGAGAUAAGUGUCUCCAGCUUCAGAGAUUUUUGCAAUUUGUUCCAGUCAUUGGCAGCAGAGAACUGGAAGGAAUGGCGGCCAAAGGAGGUGUUGGCUUUGGGGAUGACCAGUGAGAUAUACCUGCUGGAGCGCAUACUACGGGUGGGUGUUGCUAUGGUGACCAAUGAGCUAAGAUAAGGCGGGGAUUUGCCUAGCAGUGAUUUAUAGAUGGCCUGGAGCCAGUGGGUUUGGCGACGAAUAUGUAGUGAGGACCAGCCAACAAGAGUGUACAGGUCACAGUGGUGGGUAGUGUAUGGGGCUUUGGAGACAAAACGGAUGGCACUGUGAUAGACUACAUCCAAUUUGCUGAGUAGAGUGUUGGAGGCUAUUUUGUAAAUGACAUCGCCGAAUUCAAGGAUCGGUAGGAUAGUCAGUUUUACGAGGGCAUGUUUGGCAGCAUGAGUGAAGGAGGCUUUGUUGCGAAAUAGGAAACCGAUUCUAGAUUUAACUUUGGAUUGGAGAUUCUUAAUGUGAGUCUGGAAGGAGAGUUUACAGUCUAACCAGACACCUAGGUAUUUGUAGUUGUCUACAUACUCUAGGUCAGACCCGUCGAGAGUAGUGAUUCUAGUCGGGUGGGCGGGUGCAAGCAGCGUUCGGUUGAAGAGCAUGCAUUUAGUUUUACUAGUGUUUAAGAGCAGUUGGAGGCUACUGAAGGAGUGUUGUAUGGCAUUGAAGCUCGUUUGGAGGUUUGUUAACACAGUGUCCAAUGAAGGGCCAGAUGUAUACAAAAGGGUGUCGUCUGCGUAGAGGUGGAUCUGAGAGUCACCAGCAGCAAGAGCGACAUCAUUGAUAUACACAGAGAAAAGAAUCGGCCCAAGAAUUGAACCCUGUUGCACCCCCAUAGAGACUGCCAUAGGUCCAGACAACAGGCCCUCCGAUUUGACACAUUGAACUCUAUAUGAGAAGUAGUUGGUGAACCAGGUGAGGCAGUCAUUUGAGAAACCAAGGCUAUUUAGUCUGCCAAGAAGAAUGCGGUGGUUGACAGAGUCGAAAGCCUUGGCCAGGUCAAUGAAAACGGCUGCACAGUACUGUCUAUUAUCGAUCGCGGUUAUAAUAUCGUUUAGGACCUUGAGCUUGGCUGAAGUGCACCCAUGACCAGCUCGGAAACCGGAUUGCAUAGCGGAGAAGGUACGGUGGGAUUCGAAAUGGUCGGUGAUCUGUUUGUUAACUUGGCUUUCAAAAACUUUUGAAAGGCAGGGCAGGAUGGAUAUGGGUCUGUAACAGUUUGGAUCUAGAGUGUCACCCCCUUUGAAGAGGGGGAUGACCGCGGCAGCUUUCCAAUCUCUGGGGAUCUCAGACGUUACGAAAGAGAGGUUGAACAGGCUAGUAAUAGGGGUUGCGACAAUUUCGGCGGCUAGUUUUAGAAAGAAAGGGUCCAGAUUGUCUAGCCCAGAUGAUUUGUAGGGGUCCAGAUUUUGCAGCUCUUUCAGAACAUCAGCUGUCUGGAUUUGUGUGAAGGAGAAGCGGGGGGGGGCAUGGGCAAGUUGCAGCGGAGGGUGCAGAGCUGGUGGCCGGGGUAGUGGUAGCCAGGUGGAAAGCAUGGCCAGCCGUAGCAAAAUGCUUGUUGAAAUUCUCGAUUAUUGUAGAUUUAUCGGUGGUGAUAGUGUUUCCUAGCCUCAGUGCAGUGGGCAGCUGGGAGGAAGUGCUCUUAUUCUCCAUGGACUUUACAGUGUCCCAAAACUUUUUGGAGUUAGUGCUACAGGAUGCAAAUUUCUGUUUGAAAAAGUUAGCCUUUGCUUUCCUAACUGCUUGUGUAUAUUGGUUCCUAACUUCCCUGAAAAGUUGCAUAUCGCUGGGGCUAUUUGAUGCUAAUGCAGUACGCCACAGGAUGUUUUUGUGCUGGUCAAGGGCAGUCAAGUCUGAGGAGAACCAGGGGCUAUAUCUAUUCUUAGUUCUGUAUUUUUUGAAUGGGGCAUGUUUAUUUAAGAUUGAGAGGAAAUUACUUUUAAAGAACAACCAGGCAUCCUCUACUGACGGAAUGAGAUCUAUAUCCAUCCAGGAUACCUGGGCCAGGUCAAUUAGGAAAGCCUGCUCGCUGAAGUGUUUUUGGGAGCGUUUGACAGUGAUGAGGGGUGGUCGUUUGACCGCGGACCCGUUACGGACGCAGGCAAUAAGGCAGUGAUCGCUGAGAUCCUGGUUGAAGACAGCGGAGGUGUAUUUAGAGGGUAAGUUAGUCAGGAUGAUAUCUAUGAGGGUACCCAUGUUUACGGAUUUAGGGUUGUACCUGGUAGGUUCGUUGAUAAUUUGUGUGAGAUUGAGGGCAUCUAGUUUAGAUUGUAGGAUGGCCGGGGUGUUAAGCAUAUCCCAAUUUAGGUCACCAAGCAGUACGGACUCUGAGGAUAGAUGGGGGGCAAUCAAUUCACAUAUGGUGUCCAGGGCACAUCUGGGGGCUGAGGGGGGUCUGUAGCAAGCGGCAACAGUGAGAGAUUUAUUUCUGGAAAGGUGGAUUUUUAGAAGUAGAAGCUCAAACUGUUUGGGCACAGACCUGGAUAGUAUGAUAGAGCUCUGCAGGCUAUCUCUACAGUAGAUUGCAACUCCACCCCCUUUGGCAGUUCUAUCUAGACGGAAAAUGUUAUAGUUGGGGAUGGAAAUUUCAGAAUUUUUGGUGGCCUUCCUAAGCCAGGAUUCAGACGCUGCUAGAACAUCAGGGUUGGCGGAGUGUGCUGACGCAGUGAAUAACUCAAACUUAGGAAGGAGGCUUCUGAUAUUUACGUGCAGAAAACCAAGGCUUUUAUGGUUACAGAAGUCAACAAAUGAUAGCUCCUGGGGAGUAGGAGUGAUACUGGGGGCUGCAGGGCCUGGGUUAGCCUCUACAUCACCAGAGGAACAGAGGAGGACUAGAAUAAGGAUAUGACUAAAGGCUUUAAGAACUGGUCUUCUAGUGCGUUGGGUACAUAGAAUAAAGGGGGCAGUUCUCCGGGCGUUGUAGAAAGAUUCAGGGCAUUAUGUACAGAAAAGGAUAUGGAAGGAUAUGAGUACAGUUGAGGUAAACCUAAGCGUUGGGUAACAAUGAAAGAGAUAGCAUCACUGGAGGCACCGAUUGAGCCGGUCUCGGCGUGUAUGGGGGGUGGAACAAAGGAACUAUUUGAGGCAGUUUGAGAGGGACUUGGGGUUCUACAGUGAAAUUGUAUAAUAAGAACUAACCCAAACAGCAAUAGGCAAGGCAUAUUGACAAGGGAGAGAGGCAUAAAGCAAUCACAGGUGUUAUUAGAGAGAGCUAAGACAACAACUGGUAAUAGCGAUAAAGUUUGGGCUGAGGCUAAACAGAAUAAACAGGACAGGGUACCGUGUAAAGGAACAGUCCAGCAGGCAUCAGCUGUGCAGCUGAGUGAUCAUAAGGUCCAGUGAACAGCAAUAUGUGAGUCCGAGAGCAGUUCAAAUUGGUGCUUCAGCACAGCUAGCAGGGAGCACAGUUGUAGUUUGCGUGUGCUAGCGGGCCGGGGCUAGCAGAUGGAUCUUCGUGGUCGUCGCAACGGGAAGCCUGUUGAAACCACAUCAGACGAUUUCGUCGGCAAACCAGUCGUGUUGGAUCGGCGGGGCUCAGUGUCAAUACUAGGAGGUCCCGUCCGGUUGACAGAGAGGUAGAUAGCCGGGAGAUGGGCCUGAGGCUAGCUCAAGGCUAACUGGUGCUUGCUAUGGGGCAAUGGUAAUUAGCCAACAACAGGUUGCAGCUAGCUAGCUGGUUGCGAUGAUCCGGCGCUAGGGUCCAGUGAUUCCGGCAGAAAGUCCGAUAAGCUCUGGGUCGAUAGCACGCUGUGCAGACUGGCCGACUAAUUGUCCAGGCUAGAGCUAGAGCUGGCUGGUGGAUAGUGUAGGCAACGGACAAUGGUGAAGACGCUAACGGUGACUAAUAGCAAGUAGCCAUUCAGUUGCAGCUACACUAGUUUCAGCUUAAGGUUCUUGAUGAAAGUUAUAAAGAAAUAAUAGAAUCCUUUCCACGUUGGGUGAGGCGGGUUGCAGGAAAGUAUAUUUAGUUAAAGAAUGAAAAGUAAAAUUGAGAAAUAUAUACAAAAUAGACAAAAAAAACAAGAAACGGGAUAUUUACACUAGGACAAUGAAUAAAACCACGACCGCACUGCUACGCCAUCUUGUCAAUGAUCUCAAGGCAGCUGGGACCAUAGUCACCAAGAAAAAAAUUGGUAACACACUACGCCGUGAAGGACUGAAAUCCUGCAGUGCCCGCAAGGUCCCCCUGCUCAAGAAAGCACAUAUACAUGCCCGUCUGAAGUUUGCCAAUGAACAUCUGAAUGAUUCAGAGGAGAACUGGGUGAAAGUGUUGUGGUCAGAUGAGACCAAAAUCGAGCUCUUUGGCAUCAACUCAACUCGCCGUGUUUGGAGGAGGAGGAAUGCUGCCUAUGACCCCAAGAACACCAUCCCCACGUCAAACAUGGAGGUGGAAACAUUAUGCUUUGGGGGUGUUUUUCUUCUAAGGGGACAGGACAACUUCAUCGCAUCAAAGGGACGAUGGACGGGGCCAUGUACCGUCAAAUCUUGGGUGAGAACAUCCUUCCCUCAGCCAGGGCAUUGAAAAUGGGUCGUGGAUGGGUAUUCCAGCAUGACAAUGACCCAAAACACAUGGCCAAGGCAACAAAGGAGUGGCUCAAGAAGAAGCACAUUAAGGUCCUGGAGUGGCCUAGCCAGUCUCCAGACCUUAAUCCCAUAGCAAAUCUGUGGAGGGAGCUGAAGGUUCGAGUUGCCAAACGUCAGCCUCGAAACCUUAAUGACUUGGAGAAGAUCUGCAAAGAGGAGUGGAACAAAAUCACUCCUGAGAUGUGUGCAAACCUGGUGGCCAACUACAAAAAACGUCUGACCUCUGUGAUUGCCAACAAGGGUUUUGCCACCAAGUACUAAGUCAUGUUUUGCAGAGGGGUCAAAUAGUUAUUUCCCUCAUUAAAAUGCAAAUCAAUUUAUAACAUUUUUGACAUGCGUUUUUCUGGAUUUCUUUGUUGUUAUUCUGUCUCUCACUGUUCAAAUAAACCUACCAUUAAAAUUAUAGACCGAUCAUGUCUUUGUCAGUGGGCAAACGUACAAAAUCAGCAGGGGAUCAAGUACUUUUUUCCCUCACUGUAUACAUGCAGAGAUGAACCCCUUCCAGUGAUCCAUGGGUAAUAUGGUAAUUAAAGCAUGUUUACACACAGAGAUGAACCCCUUCCAGUGAUCCAUGGGAAAUAUGGUAAUAAAGCAUGUAUACACGCAGAGAUGAACCCCUUCCAGUGAUCCAUGGGUAAUAUGGUAAUUAAAGCAUGUUUACACGCAGAGAUGAACCCCUUCCAGUGAUCCAUGGGAAAUAUGGUAAUAAAGCAUAUAUACACGCAGAGAUGAACCCCAUCCAGCAAUUCGGGGCUAAUAUGGUAGUUAAAGCAUGCAUACAUGCAGAGAUGAACCCCUUCCAGUGAUCCAUGGGUAAUAUGGUAAUUAAAACAUGCAUACACACAGAAAUAAACCCUUUCCAGUGAUCCAUGGGUAAUAUGGUAUUAAAAGCAUGUAUACACGCAGAGAUGAAUGAAACCCUUCCAGUGAUCCAUUGGUAAUUAAAGCAUGUAUACACAGAGAGAUAGAUCACUGGAGACUCAUCAACAGAAGAUAGAGAAAUACAUUUGAGGAAGGUGUUGCUCAGUAGAUUUGUGGCCAUUGUGGAAUUAUAGUGUGUGUUGCCAACUUGCCAUGUUCGGCAGAUUUCUGCAUGCCAUCAUCAGUUAACCCCAGAGCCCCAUUCACUGUCCAAGCUGUCAUCAAGCAUUAUGUAUUCUAGCUUUUUCGGUUACUGUACCACCAACUGAAUUUUGCUCUGCCCAGAGUACCCCUGGAGGACCCCCUCAUGUGCAUUUUACCAGUAAGCCUAUGGUCUCAUGAGUCUUCUCAAGUACCCCCUGUGGAUAGGCCAAGUACCCCUAGGACCCCUGGUUGGGAACCACUGUUCUAGAGCAGGUCGUUCUAUUAACAGACAAUCUCAUCACCAGAAGAAUACACUCUAUUCUCUCAGUGUCCUUUCAUCUAGGACCACUGAAUCAGUCUUAAUCUAGGACCACUGAAUCAGGCUUCAUAUAGGACCACUGAAUCAUAACCCAUUGUUAUUAUAAUUUUUUGUUGUUGUAUUUUUUUCCCCUUUUUCUCCCCAAUUUUUGUAAUAUCCAACUGGUAGUUACAGUCUUGUUCCAUCGCUGCAACUCCCGUACGGACUCGGGAGAGGCGAAGGUCGAGAGCCAUGCGUCCUCCGAAACACGACCCCGCCAAGCCUCACUGCUUCUUGACACACUGCUCGCUUAACCCGGAAGCCAGCCGCACCAAUGUGUCAGAGGAAACACCGUACAGCUGUCGACCGAAGCCAGCAUAAAUGCGCCCGGCCGCCACAAGGAGUUGCUAGAUCGCGAUGGGACAAGGACAUCCCAGCCGGCCAAACCCUCCCCUAAACCGGACGUUGCUGGGCCAAUUGUGUGCCGCCUCAUGGGUCUGCCGGUCGCGGCCGGCUGCGACACAGCCUGGGAUCGAACCCGGAUCUGUAGUGACGCCUCUAGCACUGCGAUGCAGUGCCUUAGACCGCUGCGCCACUCGGGAUGCCCAAUCUUAACCAUUUUAAUAGAAAACGGAGAUACACACCACUCAGUGUGAAUACCAUUUGUGAACAGAGGACAUUUUGACAUCCAAUUAUGUUUGGUUCUUACUCAUGGAAAGAACACAGAUUAAUAUGUACUGUAUGUCUCUGCUCUAUCUAAUCUGAUCUGAUUCUAUAUCUUUUUGCACAAUACAACAUACCCCAUCAGACUAUUCAGGGAUUGUAUAUGUGAUGUUGACCUCUCCCUUACAGUUUUUAUAGUGGUCUUACCUGAGGAGAAAGUGUGUCUGUAUGUUUGCAUGAGUGUGACAUGUUUGUCAGUGACGGCUUUUCUCAUUUUUAUAAUUGACUCUAGCUGGAGACAUCACCGCGAGAUGACAGAGGGAGCGAGGAGAGUGCUGAUCAAGUCAAUGUAAGUGGAAAAGAGAUGUGACCCUCUCUCCCUCUCUCCCCCUCUCUCUGUUUCCCUUCUCUCUCCUUUUCUCUAUUUUUUUCUCCCUGUCUCUCUAUUUUUCUAUUUUCUCUCUGCAUCUCUUUCUCUUCCUCUCACUCUCUCUGUUUCUCUGUUCCUCAAUCUCUCUCUUCUUCCAGUGACAUGACAGAUCAUUACAGACCAAUCCAGUGCAGGAGGACUUUAUUUGUUGCAGGAUAAAUCAACCCGACACAACUGGGUUAAGAAAUCAAGGGCUUGUCCCAUAUCACACACACACACACACACACACACACACACACACACACACAUAUUAAUGAAGAACAUUGCCUCUGGGGAACCCCUGUAAGAGAUGCCACCGUGCCUGGGUCAACGCCCACACAAACGCACAUCAGUCACACACACACACUCACGCACACACCACACACAUCAGUCACACACACACACUCACGCACACACCACACACACAGUCACACACACACACUCACGCACACACCACACACAUCAGUCACACACACACACGCACACACCACACACAUCAGUCACACACACACACACUCACGCACACACCACACACAUCAGUCACACACACACACUCACGCACACACCACACACAUCAGUCACACACACACACUCAACACACACACCACACACAUCAGUCACACACACACACUCACGCACACACCACACACAUCAGUCACACAGACACAAACACACACCACACACAUCAGUCACACACAACAGUGACACGGCACAAAAACCCACACACCAGUCACACAGACACAAACACACACACACCACACACAUCAGUCACACAGACACAAACACACACACACCACACACAUCAGUCACACACCCACACACAUCAGUCACACAGACACAAACUCACACACACACCACACACAUCAGUCACACAGACACAAACACACACAUCAGUCACACACACACACUCACACACAUCAGUCACACAGACACAAACACACAUCAGUCACACAGACACAAACACACAUACCUGGUAUUGCUGUCCAUUAGUUUAGGUGGUAGGGGGAAAAUAUAAAAACAUAUUUAAAAUAAUAUAUAUACAGUGCCUUCGGAAGGUAUUCAGACCCCUUGACUUUUUUCACAUUUUGUUACAUUACAGCCUUAUUCUGAAAUGGAUUAAAUAAAACAAUUCCUCAGCAAUCUACACACAAUACCCCAUAAUGACAAAGCGAAAACUGUUUUUUUGACAUUUUUGCAAAUGUAUAAAAAAUUAUAAACAGAAGUACCUUAUUUACAUAAGUAUUCAGACCCUUUGCUAUGAGACUCCAAAUUGAGCUCGGGUGCAUACUGUUUCCAUUGAUCAUCCUUAAGAUGUUUCUACAACUUGAUUGGAGUCCACCUGUGGUAAAUUCAAUUGAUUGGACAUGAUUUGGAAAGGCACACACCUGUCUAUAUAGGGUCCCACAGUUGACAGUUCAUAUCAGAGCAAAAACCAAGCCAUGAGGUCGAAGGAGUUGUCCAUAGAGCUCCGAGACAGGAUUGUGUUGAGGCACAGAUCUGGGGAAGAGUACCCAAAAAAAUUAUGCAGCAUUGAAGGUCCCCAAGAGCACAGUGGCCUCCAUCAUUCUUAAAUGGAAGAAGUUUGGAACCACCAAGGCUCUUCCUAGAGCUGGGCGCUGGCCAAACUGAGCAAUCAGUGGAGAAGGGCCUUUGUCAGGGAGGUGACCAAGAACCCGAUGGUCACUCUGACAGAGCUCUAGAGUUCCUCUGUGGAGAUGGGAGAAACUUCCAGAAGGACAAACAUCUCUGCAGCACUCCACCAAUCAGGCCUUUAUGGUAGAGUGGCCAGACAGAAGCCAUUCCUCAGUAAAAGACACAUGACAGCCCGCUUGGAGUUUGCCGAAAGGGACCUAAAGACUGCCAGACCAUGAGAAACAAGAUUCUCUGGUCUGAUGAAACCAAGAUUGAACUCUUUGGCCUGAAUGCCAAGUGUCACUUCUGGAGGAAACCUGGCACCAUCCCUACGGUGAAGCAUGGUGGUGGCAGCAUCAUGCUGUGGGGAUGUUUUUCAUCAGCAGGGACUGGGAGACUAGUCAGGAUCGAGGCAAAGAUGAACGGAGCAAAGUACAGAGAGAUACUUGAUGAAAACCUGCUCCAGAGCGCUCAGGACCUCAGACUGGUGGUGAAUGUUCCCCUUCCAACAGGACAAUGACUCUAAGCACACAGCCAAUACAACGCAGGAUUGGCUUCGGGACAAGUCUCUGAAUAUCCUUGAGUGGCCCAGCCAGAGCCCGGACUUGAACCCGAUCGAACAUCUCUGCAGAGACCUGAAAAUAGCUAUGCAGCAAUGCUCCCCAUUCAACCUGACAGAGCUUGACAGGAUCUGCAGAGAAGAAUGGGAGAAACUCCCCAAAUACAGGUGUGCCAAGCUUACCCAAGAAUACUCGAUGCUGUAAUCGCUGCCAAAGGUGCUUCAACAAAGUACUAAGUAAAGGGUCUGAAUACUUAUGUAAAUGUGAUAUUUCCAUUUUUUAUUUGUAAUACAUUUGCAAAAAUUUAUAAAACCUAUUUUUGCUUUGUCAUUAUGGGAUAUUGUGUGUAGAUUGAUGAGGGGAAAAAACGAUUUAAUCAAUUUUAGAAUAAGGCUGUAACGUAACAAAAUGUGGAAAAAGUCAAGGGGUCUGAAUACUUUCCGAAGGCACUGUAUUUACAACAACAACAAAGAAUUUGGGAUUGGAUAUGAUGCAGACAAUUACAUUGAUGGAAGCCACAAUCUAUCUGCAAUAUUUAAGCUGAUCUACCUCCUAAAUUGUUUUUAUUAUUAUUUUUAAACACAUACCUGACCCACCCUCCUCCAGCCUGUCAGAAGCCCACAGUAAACAACAACUUCAUCAUUAACAUCGCUAACACUCCCAGCUUUCUCUCUCUCUCUCUCUCUCUCUCUCUCUCUCUCUCUCUCUCUCUCUCUCUCUCUCUCUCUCUCUCUCUCUCUCUCUCUCUUUCCUCCCUCCUGUUAGCUCCCUCUGUAUUUUCUCUCUCUGUCUCUCCUCCUCUCUUCUCCCAUUGCCUGUAUGAUGUUUCUAGGACUGUGUGUGUGUGUGUGUGUGUGUCAUCUAACAGUGUUUUCUCCUCUUGUCCUGUAGGAGGCGACAGCGUUAGAAGUGGUUUCCUGCAGUCAGGAGAAGGAGAGUCUGCCCCCAGAGAAGAUUCCCUCCAGUCCUGUUCACUCCGAGAGAGAGGCCUUGCUAGUUGGUAAGUUCACCUAAAAUUACUAUAACCUUUCUUCAACAUUAUUAUAAUGUUAUAUUAACCUAACUACAGAGGAGAAGAUCCCCCCAAGUCCAGUCCACUCUGACAGAGAGGCCCAGCUAGUUGGUACGUUCACCUAAUAUAACUAUAACGUCACUAGGCCUAUAACAUUAGUAUAACAUUACUAUAACAUCUCUAUACCAUUACUACAACAUCACUAUAACAUUACUAUAAAAUCACAAUAACAUUGCUAUAACAUCACUGUAAUGUUAUAUAAACCUAACAUUAGUAUAGAAGAGAAGAGUCCCCCAGCCCUGUCCACUCUGAGAGAGAGGCAUUGCUAGUUAGUAUCUGGGUCUAUACUCUAUAGAACAUUACUAGAGAAAGUACCUACAAAGGAGAUCCCUGCUUGGUACCCAUGUUUUCCUCCUCCAAUCUAAUCAAGCAGGUUAUUUGUGGAAAGCCUGGUUUUCCUCCCCAGUUCAUUCCCAGUUCUUUGGGCGGGUUCACACGUUUUAAUUUGCUGGUUGACUGAGGCCUUCAGCACCUGUAAUGUUUCUAAUCACCACAGCCUUCUGGCUGCCUAGUGCCUACCAACGAGGAGCUAGAAAGGCUGUGCUCACUCCUUCUCAAUUUCAAUUCAAUUUCAAUUUAAGGGCUUUAUUGGCAUUGGAAACGUAUGUUAACAUUGCCAAAGCAAGUGAAGUAGAUAGUAAACAAAAGUGAAAUAAACAAUAAAUAUUAACAGUAAACAUUACACUCAGAAGUUCCAAAAUAAUAAAGACAUUUCAAAUGUCAUAUUAUGUAUGUAUACAGUGUUGUAACAAUGUGCAAAUAGUUAAAGUACAAAUGGGAAAAUAAAUCAACAUAAAUAUGGGUUGUAUUUACAAUGGUGUUUGUUCUUCACUGGUUGCCUUUUUCUUGUGGCAACAGUUCACAAAUCUUGCUGCUGUGGUGGCACACUGUGGUUUUUCACCCAUUAGAAAAGGGAGUUUAUCAAAAUUGGGUUUGUUUUCUAAUUCUUUGUGGAUCUCUGUAAUCUGAGGGAAAUAUGUGUCUCUAAUGUGGUCAUACAUUUGGCAGGAGGUUAGGAAGUGCAGCUCAGUUUCCACAUCAUUUUGUGGGCAGUGUGCGCAUAGCCUGUCUUCUCUUGAGAGCCAGGUCUGCCUAUGGCGGACUUUCUCAAUAGCAAGGCUAUGCUCACUGAGUCUGUACAUAAUCAAAGCUUUCCUUAAGUUUGGGUCAGGCACAGUGGUCAAGUAUUCUGCCACUGUGUACUCUCUGUUUAGAGCCAAAUAGCAUUCUAGUUUGCUAUGUUUUUUUGUUAAUUCCUUCCAAUGUGUCAAGUAAUUCUCUUUUUGUUUUCUCAUGAUUUGGUUGGGUCUAAUUGUGUUGUUGUUGUUGUCCUGGGCCCUGUGGGGUCUGUUUGUGUUUGUGAACAGAGCCCCAGGAUCAGCUUACGUAGGGGACUCUUCUCCAGGUUCAUCUCUCUGUAGGUGAUGGCUUUGUUAUGGAAGGUUUGGGAAUCGCUUCCUUUUAAGUGGUUAUAGAAUUUAACAGCUCUUUUCUGGAUUUUGAUAAUUAGCGGGUAUCAGCCUAAUUCUGCUCUGCAAGCAUUAUUUUGUGUUUUUCAUUGUACACAGAGGAUAUUUUUGCAGAAUUCUGCAUGCAGAGUCUCAAUUUGGUGUUUGUCCCAUUUUGUGAAUUCUUGGUUGGUGAGUGGACCCCAGACCUCACAACCAUAAAGGGCAAUGGGUUCUACAACUGAUUCAAGUAUUUUUAGCCAGAUCCUAAUUAGUAUGUCAAAUUUUAUUUCCUUUUGAUGGCAUAGAAGGCCCUUCUUGCCUUGUCUCUCAGAUCGUUCACAGCUUUGUGGAAGAUAUCUGUGGCGCUGAUGUUUAGGCAGAGGUAUGUAUAGUUUUUUGUGUGCUCUAGGGCAACGGUGUCUAGAUGGAAUUUGUAUUUGUGGUCCUGGCAACUGGACCUUUUUUGGAACACCAUUAUUUUUGCCUUACUGAGAUUUACUGUCAGCACCCAGGUCUGACAGAAUCUGUGCAGAAGAUCUAGGUGCUGCUGUAGGCCCUCCUUGGUUGGUGACAGAAGCUGUCGUAGCCGGCCGCGACCGGGAGACCCAUGGGGCGGCGCACAAUUGGCCCAGCGUCGUCCAGGGGAGGGAAUGGCCGGCAGGGAUGUAGAGCAUGGUGUUUGCAAAGCCAGGGUUGUGGGUUCGAUUCCCAUGGGGGGCCAGUAUUUAAAAAAAAAGAAUAAUAAUAAUGUAUGCACUAACUGUAAGUCGCUCUGGAUAAGAGCGUCUGCUAAAUGACUAAAAUGUUAAAAUGUUAAAUCAUCAGCAAACAGUAGACAUUUGACUUCAGAUUCUAGUAGGGUGCUGCAGACUGUUCUAGUGCCCUUGCCAAUUCGUUGAUAUAUAUGUUGAAGAGGGUGGGGCUUAAACUGCAUCCCUGUCCCACCCCACGGCCCUGUGGAAAGAAAUGUGUGUGUUCUUUGCCAAUUUUAACCGCACACUUGUUGUUUGUGUACAACAACCUCUCCCUCAACGUGACCAAGACAAAGGAGAUGAUUGUGGACUACAGGAAAAAAAAGAGGACUGAGCACGCCCCCAUUCUCAUCGACGGGGCUGUAGUGGAACAGGUUGAGAGCUUCAAGUUCCUUGGUGUCCACAUCACCAACGAACUAUCAUGGUCCAAACACACCAAGACAGUCGUGAAGAGGGCACGACAAAGCCUAUUCCCCCUCAGGAGACUGAAAAGAUUUGGCAUGGGUCCUCAGAUCCUCAACAAAUUCUACAGCUGCACCAUCGAGAGCAUCCUGACUGGUUGCAUCACCGCCUGGUAUGGCAACUGCUUGGCCUCCGACCGCAAGGCACUACAGAGGGUAGUGCGUACGGCCCAGUACAUCACUGGGGCCAAGCUUCCUGCCAUCCAUGACCUCUAUACCAGGCGGUGUCAGAGGAAGGCCCUCAAAAUUGUCAAAGACUCCAGCCACCCUAGUCAUAGACUGUUCUCUCUGCUACUGCACGGCAAGCGGUACCGGAGUGCCAAGUCUAAAUCCAAAAGACUUCUCAACAGCUUCUACCCCCAAGCCAUAAGACUCCUGAACAGCUAAUCAUGGCUACCCGGACUAUUUGCACUGCCCCCCCCACCCCAUCCUUUUUACGCUGCUGCUACUCUGUUAAUUAUUUAUGCAUAGUCACUUUAACUCUACCCACAUGUACAUAUUACUUCAACUACCUCAACUAGCCGGUGCCCCCGCACAUUGACUCUGCACCGGUACCCCCCUGUAUAUAUAGCCUCCCUACUGUUAUUUUAUUUUACUUCUGCUCUUUUUUUCUCAACACUUUUUUUGUUGUUGUUUUAUUUUUACUUUCUUUGUUAAAAAUAAAUGCACUGUUGGUUAAGGGCUGUAAGUAAGCAUUUCACUGUACUGUCUGCACCUGUUGUAUUCGGCGCAUGUGACCAAUAAAAUUUGAUUUGAUUUGAUUUGAUACAUGGAUUUUAUAAUGUCGUAUGUUUUUCCCCCAACCCCACUUUCCAUCAAUUGGUAUAGCAGACCCUCACGCCCAAUUGAGUCAAAAGCUUUUUUGAAAUCAACAAAGCAUGAGAAGAGUUUGCCUUUGUUUCGGUUUGUUUGUUUGUCAAUUAGGGUGUGCAGGGUGAUUACGUGGUCUGUCGUACGGUAAUUUGUUAAAAAGCCAAUUUGACAUUUGCUCAGUACAUUGUUUUCACUGAGGAAGUGAACUAGUCUGCUGUUAAUGAUAAUGCAGAGGAUUUUCCCAAGGUUGCUGUUGACGCAUAUCCCACGGUAGUUAUUGGGGUCAAAUUUGUCUCCACUUUUGUGGAUUGGGGUGAUCAGUCCUUGGUUCCAAAUAUUGGGGAAGUUGCCAGAGCUAUAGGUUAGCUGUAGGUUAGCUAUAGGUUAGAUAUAGGUUAGCUAUAGGUUAUCUGUAGGUUAGCUAUAGGUUAGAUGUAGGUUAUCUGUAGGUUAGUUGUAGGUUAGUUGUAGGUUAGCUAUAGGUUAGCUAUAGGUUAGCUGUAGGUUAGCUAUAGGUUAGCUGUGGGUUAGCUGCGGGUUAGCUGCGGGUUAGCUAUAGGUUAGCUGUAGGUUAGCUGUAGCGCAAUGUUGGCUAUUUUCGGACGCUAUUUACAUUAAAUCAAAGUAAAUGAAUUUGCCAAAAAAAAAUAGAUGCUCUUUACUGCAUAGCUGAUUGUUUAGCUGAAGGUGUCCUGUAACACUGUGCCAAGUGACAAUUUUCUCUGUUGUGGUAUUUUACAUUUGACAUUUUAGUCAUUUAGCAGACGCUCUUAUCCUGAGCGACUUACAGUUUGUGAUUGCACACAUUUUCAUACUGGCCCCCCGUGGGAAACAUACCCACAACCCUGGCGUUGCAAGCGCCAUGCUCUACCAACUGAGCUACAGGGGACUGUAUUAACAUAUUUGGUGCGUGGUCGGCAGCUGGACACAAACGCGAAUGGUUAUCUAACUUCGGACGGUUGCAGCUGUCUCUAGCUUUCUUUCUGUUUUAUUAACAUGUUUCAUUAAGCACAUUGUUUAUAUUUACAACAGGAGUAUAGCCUACCUGGCUUGCAUGAAAAUGAACCACGGGAAAAGCAUCCUCUGUUCGCUACUUAAGUGCAUAGAUUACAUGUAUUAUUUUUUUCAUGCCCCUGUCUCGGAACCAAUAAUGGUCCAUUCUAAAUCAAAACCAAUUGCUCGCAUAUAUUAUUUAGUAGAUGUAAAGACAACAUUAAACUAAGAAUAGUCUGAUGGGUGACAAUAUUAGCCCAUCGCUUGUGAAUGAUGUAUUAUCACUUGUGAAUGAUGCCCAGCAUAAGGCAAGAAACAGCGCAUGCCUUUUUUUUUGCAACUUUUUCUAAUCAUAGUCACACACCUCAUGUAGCCUAGCCCAUAGGCCUAUAUGUUUUGAUAAGGUUUGUAUCACAACUAAAGUGGCCAAAUAACUUCUUAAAAUUAAGCACAUUAAUCCGCUUUACAACCAGUCUAGAGCCUAACUGGCAUACGUAGGCGGCACGUGAGUUUCAAGUUUGGGGAAGAUAAUUUUCACCAUAAAAAUGCAUCUUUAAAAUAAAGCAUUACAUGCAGAAUCGCAUUUGCGGUCACUUUUGAGAAUUGCAUUUUGGAACAUUCGCGCUUACAGCCUACUGCCGUGUGCGCAUUGCUGCGCUUAUAAUGUGAAGAAAUAGCCUAAUAGUUUAUCAACAUUUGAAGCUAAACGAUCUGUUGCAACAGUCUCAUUGCUUUUAAAAUGUUUUUGGACGCGAGUGGUUGUAUUAAUUUGGGAUCUAUCGCAUCACACAACUGUCCCAGAUUAUGUUUUGGAAUAUUUCUUUCUUACGCAGAAGAUAGAAUAGGUCAACUUUUGUACUAUGGGGGAUAGUAGAUUGACAUAGGCUAGUGCUUUUGCUGUUUGUUAGGCUACUCAUCUUGUUGGCUGAUGAAAAGUUGGCUUAAUGUGGACAGUUCUUCUACACUAUAUAUGCAAAAGUAUGUGGACACCUCUUCACAUUAGUGGAAUCGGCUAUUUCAGCCACACCCAUUACUGAAAGGUGUAUUAAAUCAAGCACACAACCAUGCAAUCUCCAUAGACAAACAUUGGCAGUAGAAUGGCCUUACUGAAGAGCUCAGUGACUUUCAAUGUGGCACCAUCAUAGGAUGCCACCUUUCCAACAAGUCAGUUCGUCAAAUUUCUGCCCUGCUAGAGCUGCCCUCGGUCAACUGUAAGUGCUGUUAUUGUGAAGUGGAAAUGUCUAAGAGCAACAACAACCCAGCCGCGAAGUGGUAGGCCACACAAGCUCACAGAACGGAACCACUGAGUGCUGAAGCGCGUAAAAAUUGCCUGUCCUCGGUUGCAACACUCACUACCGAGUUCCAAACUGCCUAUGGAAGCAACAUCAGCACAAGAACUGGUCGUCGGGAGCUUCAUGAAAUGGGUUUCCAUGGCUGAGCAGCUGCAAACGAGCCUAAGAUCACCAUGCGCAAUGCCAAGCGUUGGCUGGAGUGAUGUAAAGCUCGCCGCCAUUGGACUCUGGAGCAGAGAAAACGUGUUCUCUGGAGUGAUGAAUCACGCUUCACCAUCUGGCAGUCCGACGUACGAAUCUGGGUUUGGUGGAUGCCAGGAGAACGCUACCUAUCCCAAUGCAUAGUGCCAACUGUAAAGUUUGGUGGAGGAGGAAUAAUGGUCUGGGGCUGUUUUUCAUGGUUCGGGCUAGGCCCCUUAAUUCCAGUGAAGGGAAAUCUUAAUGCUACAGCAUACAAUGACAUUCUAGACGAUUCUGUGCUUCCAACUUUGUGGCAACAGUUUGGGGAAGGCCCUUUCCUAUUUCAGCAUGACAAUGCCUAUGUGCACAAAGCUAGGUCCAUACAUAAAUGGUUUGUUGAGAUAGGUGUGGAAGAACUUGACUGGCCUGCAAAGAGCCCUGACCUCAACCCCAUCAAACACCUUUGGCAUGAAUUGGAAAGCCGACUGCGAGCCAGGCCUAAUCGCCCAACAUCAGUGCCUGACCUCACUCAAUCAAUCAAUCAAUUUUAUUUUAUAUAGCCCUUCUUACAUCAGCUAAUAUCUCGAAGUGCUGUACAGAAACCCAGCCUAAAACCCCAAACAGCUAGUAAUGCAGGUGUAGAAGCACGGUGGCUAGGAAAAACUCCCUAGAAAGGCGAAAACCUAGGAAGAAACCUAGAGAGGAACCAGGCUAUGAGGGGUGGCCAGUCCUCUUCUGGCUGUGCCGGGUGAAGAUUAUAACAGAACCAUGCCAAGAUGUUCAAAAAUGUUCAUAAGUGACAAGCAUGGUCAAAUAAUAAUCAGGAAUAAAUCUCAGUUGGCUUUUCAUAGCCGAUCAUUAAGAGUUGAAAACAGCAGGUCUGGGACAGGUAGGGGUUCCAUAACCGCAGGCAGAACAGUUGAAACUGGAAUAGCAGCAAGGCCAGGCGGACUGGGGACAGCAAGGAGUCACCACGGCCGGUAGUCCCGACGUAUGGUCCUAGGGCUCAGGUCUCUCAGUUGGCUUUUCAUAGCCGAUCAUUAAGAGUUGAAAACAGCAGGUCUGGGACAGGUAGGGGUUUCGUAACCGCAGGCAGAACAGUUGAAACUGGAAUAGCAGCAAGGCCAGGCGGACUGGGGACAGCAAGGUGUCAUCAUGCCCGGUAGUCCUGACGUAUGGUCCUAGGGCUCAGGUUCUCAGAGAGAAAGAGAGAACGAGAGAAUUAGAGAGAGCAUACUUAAAUUCACACAGGACACUGGAUAAGACAGGAGAAGUACUCCAGGUAUAACCAACUAACCCCAGCCCCCCGACACAUAAACUACUGCAGCAUAAAUACUGGAGGCUGAGACAGGAGCGGUCCGGAGACACUGUGGCCCCAUCCGAAGAAACCCCCGGACAGGGCCAAACAGGAAGGAUAUAACCCCACCCACUCUGCCAAAGCACAGCCCCCGCACCACUAGAGGGAUAUCCUCAACCACCAACUUACAAUCCUGAGACAAGGCCGAGUAUAGCCCACAGAGGUCUCCACCACAGCACAAACCAAGGGGGGGCGCCAACCCAGACAGGAAGAUCACGUCAGUAACUCAACCCACUCAAGUGACGCACCCCUCCCAGGGACGGCAUGAAAGAGCACCAGCAAGCCAGUGACUCAGCCCCUGCAACAGGGUUAGAGGCAGAGAACCCCAGUGGAGAGGGGAACCGGCCUGGCAGAGACAGCAAGGGCUGUUCGUUGCUCCAGAGCCUUUCCGUUCACCUUCACACUCCUGGGCCAGACUACACUCAAUCAUAUGACCUACUGAAGAGAUAAGUCUUCAGUAAAGACUUAAAGGUUGAGACCGAGUCUGCGUCUCUCACAUGGGUAGGCAGACUGUUCCAUAAAAAUGGAGAUCUAUAGGAGAAAGCCCUGCCUUACUAAUGCUCUUGUGGCUGAAUGGAAACAAGUCCCCGCAGGAAUGUUCCAACAUCAGGUGGAAAGCCUUCCCAGAAGAGUGGAGACUAUUAUAGCAGCAAAGGGGGGACCAACUCCAUAUUAAUGCCCAUGAUUUUAAGAAGGAAAUGUUAUACGAGCAGGUGUCCACAUACUUUUGGUCAUGUAGUGUAACAUCUUCAAUAUGCGCCUCGAAAUUCGAUAAGAGGGUUACGUUCCCUGAUGUGUCUGUCUUCUUAGCUGAAAUGCCUGUGAGAAGGAUCCGAUCAUGUGACGGGCAUUGGCUAAUAGGAAUUGAGAUAUCUGAGAGAGCCAUAUGAGUGAGAGGUGCUUCUAAGCACGGCAGCCGUGAGAAGGGAAUUAUAAUUAUUAUAUUCAGCCCAAGGGCACAAUGGCCACUUUGGCAUGGAUUUUUUUACGGGGCAUUACGGCCACACAAGGGGGAUGCCACCGGGAAAUGUAAGGCCUGGUGAGAAUAUUAUCAAGUGCUUGUCAAAUUUUGAAUGAGAGACUGAUGAAGUGUGUGCAGCCUGCACAAGAAACAAAUCAGUGCUCGUGCAUUUCAUGCAACUUUUUUCAAAGCAUCAUUAGUCGCAUCGUGCAGCCUUAAAAUGUAUAACAAAUCUAAACAUAUAGCCCAAUGUUUGUAUCACAACUAAAGUUGCAUAAAUAACAGUUUAUUUGUUAACCACUCAACAACAUAGCCGCAUGUGCGCUCUUCCUUGGAAAUCGUUUGGAGAAAAUAUCCUUUCAAUUUUAUUCAGCUAUGUUCAAUCUUCAUACUAUAAAAUAAGAAAAUAUUAUGCCACGGACUUCUAAGCAAAUCUUGUCUGCUAAAUUAACUAGUGUAGCCCACAGCCAUAUGGCAUAGCCAGAUCAGGGCCUAACAUAAGGACAACUCGGAAUAUGCUAUUCUGUUCUUCUGAAAUAGACUACAUAUUCUUCAUGUUUCUUUAGACCUGUUUAAAAUAAAUAUUGGAUUUAUUGUGACAGUGUAGGCUAUAUUAAAUUGAUUUAUUCUACUUUUUUAAAUGUAGAUGUUCCAAAGGUCUGAAUCAGUGGCUUGUAGGCGAUGGGUGGAAGCCAGGAGAUGCUAAACUUGUUAAUGUUAGUUAACGGUCAAUUAACGUGAGACUGGCAGUUAUUUAUUUGACAAUCACCGGCUGACAACAUUUCAUGACCGCCACUGCCCUAGAAGUGAGGCCAUCUUUAUAUCACUAAAUACAGUGCAUUUGGAAAGUAUUCAGACCCCUUGACUUUUUCCACAUUUUGUUACGUUACAGCCUUAUUACGUUACAUGUUUUUUUCCUCAUCAAUCUACACACAAUACCCCAUAAUGACAAAGCAAAAGCAGGUUUUUAGACAUUUGUGGUAUUUAUAAAAAAAUUUAAACUGAAAUGUAACAUUUACAUAAGUAUUCAGACCCUUUACUCAGCACUUUGUUGAAGCACCUUUGGCAGCGAUUACAGCCUAGAGUCUUCUUGGGUAUGACCCUACAAGCUUGGCACACCUGUAUUUGGGGAGUUUCUCCCUUUCUUCACUGCAGAUCUUCUCAAGCUCUGUCAGGUUGGAUGAGGAGCAUCGCUGCACAGCUAUUUUCAGGUCUCUCCAGAGAUGUUUGAUCGGGUUCAAGUCCGGGCUCUGGCUGGGCCACUCAAGGUAAUUCAGAGACUUGUCCCGAAGCCACUCCUGCGUUGUCUUGGCUGUGUGCUUAGGUUCGUUGUCCUGUUGGAAGGUGAACCUUCACCCCUGUCUGAGGUCCUGAGCGCUCUGGAGCAGGUUUUCAUUAAGGAUCUCUCUGUAUUCCCUCGAUCCUGGAGGAACUCUGGAGCUCUGUCAGAGUGACCAUUGGGUUCUUGGUCACCUACCUUAGUCAUUAUGGGUUAUUGUGUGUAGCUGGAUGAGGAAAACAUGUAAUUUAAUCCAUUUUAGAAUAAGGUUGUGACGUAGCAAAAUGUGGAAAAGGUCAAGGGGUCUGAAUACUUUCCGAAUGCACUGUAUGUCACGGUUAGGCGUGUCCGAGCAUACGUGCCCUGUCCGAGCACAAAGACAACGCGCUAGGUUGGCUAUUGGUUAGCUGUAGGUUAGCUGUAGGUUAGCUGUAGGUUAGCUGUAGGUUAGCUAUAUGUUAGCUGUAGGUUAGCUAUUGGUUAGCUGUAGGUUAGCUGUAGGUUAGCUAUAGGUUAAUAGAAUACAGUUUGAUACUCUUAUGUCUAUUGGAUGCCAUAUUCUCGUUGGCUGUCAUUUUGAUCAGAUGGGUAAAUCAACAGUCAGACGGAAUUUAGGUGUUUGUACAUAUGAUUGUAGGGUUGUAGUUAUAGAGUAUUAAACUACAUGUUAAUAUGGUAUGCCAGUUUGAUUGACAGCUGUAUUGAUGUCCCUGUUUGUCCUUCCUCAGGGAUCAUCUCUACGUUCCUCCAUGUCCACCCGUUUGGAGCCAGCAUCGAGUACAUCUGCUCUUAUCUACAGCAGCUGGACUCCAAGGUACUGCUGGCACACACACACACACACACACACACACACACACAGUGAGAUGAGCAGCAGGAGCUGUCCUGGCACCCUCAAAAGAGCCCCCAAAGUGAACCAAACUGAGACCAUCUUGAGAGGUGGUCUGAGUUCGGUUCGCUUGAAUUCCGCGGUCCGGUUCCCUUUUUUAGGGCAAUGUGAACACAAAGCUCCCCAGGUUCGCUUGUCAUUAUUCCCGCAACACACACUAGACUAUUGCAACACCAUUUCCCCUGCCAUAACCCCUCACAUUGGUGCCACAAAAGAGCGAAGAUGAUGUGCAGGUUCUCGUUUAAAAAAAAAUGUCUGCUGUUUUUGGAUAUUGAUUAGCUAUUGUCAAGGAUGCACAGAAAUGCCAAAAUAUGUGUUUUUAGUUCAGAUUAUUAGUUUGCUAUAUGUGAUCUAUUAGGCUAAGAGAGCUUCAUACACUGUUUAUUCGAUUGUGGGGGUUGAAUAGUGUGAUUGAGACUUGGGUUAAGUUACACUUUAUGAACUCCCGAGUGGCGCAGUGGUCUAAGGCACUGCAUCUCAGUGCUUGAGUUGUCACUACAAACCCCCUGGUUCGAUUCCAGGCUGUAUCACAACCGGCCGUGAUUGGGAGUCCCAUAGGGCGGCGCACAAUUGGCCCAGCGUCGUCCGGGUUUGGCCGGUGUAGGCCGUCAUGGUAAAUAAUAAUUUAUUCUUAACUGACUUGCCUAGUUAAAUAAAGGUAAAAUAAAUAAAAAUAGUGUGAGAAGACAACAUAUUUGGUGAAAAUCUCAACAUAGGUUACAAAAUCAAUUAUAGCUCUUAAAGGGGCAGUAGCCUACAUUGGGUGUACAGUUUUCAAUUACAGCAUUAUUUAAUCUGCAGUUAUUCUUCUGCUACUUAUUCUGUUACUAUUAACAUGUAAAUAUUAUAUGUAUCUUCUGAUUACAAUAACUAUGUCUCAUCAUUUAACUUAAAGCAAUCUAGUAGCUUCCAAAAUGUAAGUAGGUAUAUCUAGCUGUUAGAAAACAUGUUCUGAUGGAAUGGCUUAUCCUGCACUUUGUAAAAUACCCAGAGUGCAUUGAGUGAAUGUUGGAAAAUAAUCUUGAUUCCUUUAUAAACAUAGCAAUGUGAAUACAAAGAGGACUCGGACCACAAUUGAAGUGAACUGGCAAAAUAUUUUUUAGGUUUGAGGUUUAAUUUUUUUCGCGCCAAAGAAAAUAAGUGAAAGACAAAAUGGUACAGGUAAAAACGGUGUGCAGGUGAGGUUGGAAGCCCAAAGGGGGUUGUAUGAAAACCACACCACAAAUAUACAGUAAGUACAAAAAAAAAGUUAGCUCAAUCAGUUAAACAAAACAGAUUAAUUAUAAUUGUACAUGAUAUACUCAGUAUACAAGAAAAACACUGUUUGAUUAUGUGUGUGUGUGUGCGCAUGUGUGUGUGUGUGAGAGUGUGAAAGUUAGGCUACAUGGAGGGGAUUAUUGGGUAGAUUGGUUCAUCAGGAAGACCCCCAGUCUUCGCUUUAAGUUAUUGAGGGAUGAUGAGGUUUUGGCAAUGUGAAGAUAAGAAUUCCAGAGUAUGGUACCUCUGUAUCUGAAAGAGAAUUGACUAUGUGAGGUGCGACAGUGGGGAGGUUGAAGGUUAUCGCAGUGUCUUGUGUUAUAUAGAUGGAUUUCAGAAUUAACCUGGAAAAAUCCAUUGAAGGGUUAAGAUAAACUGUCUAAGUAUGAAUAUUUGUAGAUGAAAGUGCAUAAUUGGCGUAUAUUAAUGUCGGAAAUAGACAAGAUAUUGAGUUUCUUAAAUGAAGGUGCAGAAUGCAAAAAUGUGUAUGAUGAGUAAUUUGUGUAGGUAGGAGGCAUAUGUACUGGCACAGACAAUAUUACAGUAAAUGAGAUGUGGGUCAAUGAAGCUAUAGUAAAGAGUAUAGAGCAAGCCUGAUGAACCAAACCACUAAUCUUUCUGAGGAUACCAACAGAUUUCAUCACUUUGCUACAGACAAAUUGAAUAUGAUCUUUCCAGAAUAACUUUGGCAAUUUUCAAAUCAUCAGGAACAAUACCAGUUUGCAUAGAUCUGGUGAAGAUAUACGUUAGAGGCUCAGUAAUCGAGGAAGACACUGAUUUCACCAAAGAGGCACCAAUCACAUCAUGACCUGCUGCUGAUAUCUUUAGGUUACCAAUUACCUCCAUCACCUCCAUUACAUCAGGAGGAUCAAACUGAAGCAGAGAAGGGAAAUGUCCCUUAAUGUAAUCCAAGGGAUUUCCAUCAGUAGUCUCUAUUUUCUUUGACAGCGAGGAACCCACAUUCACAAAAAAGUUAUUAAAUUCACAUGAAAUAACAUCAGGAUCACUAUAGGUCUUGUUUCCAACAAUAAAUUAAGAUGGAAUAGUUGUAGAUGGCUUUUUCUUAUUCAACAGUUGAUUGAUGAUUUUCCAUUUUUACUUUAUAUUAUUUAAGGAUUCUGUUAGUCAAUUUGUUAGUCAAAUAUAUUUUUGGGGAUAUCCAAAGUAGGUGAGUAAAUUUGUUCAUAUACUUUUUGUAAUUUGCAGAAUUCAGGGGAGAGGGUUUUUUGAGAAACCUUUUAUAAACAUUUUUUUUUUUUACUGAGGAUUUCUUGAGAACGGUUGUAAAACAAGUUUUCCAGAACCCUUCUGCUGCUCUCUUAUGUGGUUUAACAAAGGGAAAGCAGUGGUGAAAUACAGAGUUGGAAGAUGUGAAAAAAAUCCUGUAAGCAGACUCGACAUCGGCCUGAUUAUAAAAACGUUGUUAUGAAAUAUCACCAAUAAACAUCUUAAAGCGCUCACAAUUACUUUUGUUAAAUAUUCUACAUUUAAUGCUACUAAUCAUCCCCAUCUAUUCAUUUCCAGCUGCCAAAUAUACGUUUUAAAUUGGAAAGUGGUCAGAAAUGUCAAUACAAAGUAUAUCUGUAUUAGCCACAUUAUUCAAAGAAUUUGUAAAAAUAUUAUCAAUAAGGGUGGCAGAUGAACUGGUCACCCUUGUGGGCUUAUAAAUGAGGGGAUACAGAUAGCUGGAGUAUAAAGUAUUUAAAACAUCUGAUGUCAGUGAGUGGUUCCCACUUUUAAAUAAAUUUAUGUUGUAAUCACCCAAUAGAAAACACAUUUUAUCUUAAUUAUUAAUCAAAUCCAAGGUUGAUGCAAGGAUAUCAAGGAAACUACCAAUUUCAGAAUCGUGGGGUCGAUAGAUGCAUCCAAUUACCACUUUUUUACCACCAGAAAAUGAACACAAGGGGAAUUUCUAUGAAAAGAGAUUAAACAUCAAUGUUAUCAGAUGUAAGUGCGAAGUCCUCUCUGACAAAUAAUUGAAAACGUAAACUUAUGAACAAAAAUGGUCACUCCUCCUCCCACUCUUGAAGUUCACAGUGGUGAACAGCAUUAUAAGGAGACAUGUCAUAAAGCAUGGUUGUCUCUUCAGUCAACCAUGUUUCUGAAAGGACAACAAUGGAACAUUCAUAACUGAGAGAAGACAGAUAAUGAACAAGGUGGUCAUGAUUUUUAGGAAGACUGCGAACGUUCAAAUGAAAGGUAGAAAAUAAGCUUGGAAUUAGAUAAGCUGCUGUACAGGUUGUUAAAUUUCUUAACAUUACAGUAAUCACAAGUGAUAUACACUACCAGUCAAAAGUUUGGACACACUUACUCAUUCAAGGGUUUUUCUUUAUUUUUACAAUUGUUUACAUUGUAGAAAAUAGUGAAGACAUCAAAACUAUAAAAUAACACAUAUGGAAUCAUGUAGUAAACAAAAAAGUGUUAAACAAAUCAAAAUAUAUUUUAUUUUUGAGGUUCUUCAAAUAGCCACCUUUGCCUUGGCAUUCAACAUCACUGUCUGUGAUACUUAUUUCUGGUAAAUUUCAGGAAAUUUGAAUCUGGAUCAACACAAUCAUUAUAUUUAUCAUUCGCUUCAUUAAUAUCUAAUGGGUUGACGGCCACGUUAUCAGGGUUGAUAUCCUGCCCAUCUAAGAGAGAUACACAGUCGGAAUCACCCAGAAAGUGGAACGGAAACAUAGAAGUGCAUGCCUCACAUGUCCAAUACAACCGUACAUUUGUGUUAGUUUUAUCAAUAGGGGUGCACUUCCUAUGGAAUGCACAUUGACACAGUCCACAUAACACCACUGAAGACUUCAGAGGGUUAUGACAUUUAGAGCAAUGUGUUUUUGGUCAUGAAGUUUGAGUUGGGUCCUCAUUCAAAGGCAAGGGCAGUGUGAAUACAAAGAUAACUGAGUUAUUUUGCUUCUUUUUUUUUACCCCAGUUCACUUUAAAGAGGACUGAGAUCGGUUAUUUUAAAGAGGACUACAGUCGUGGUCAAAAGUUUUGAGAAUGACACAAGUAUUGGUCUUCACAAAGUUCGCUGCUUCAGUGUUAUGAGAUAUUUUUGUCAGAUGUUACUAUGGAAUACUGAAGUAUAAUUACAAGCAUUCUAAGUGUCAAAGGCUUUUAUUGACAAUUACAUUAAGUUUAUGCAAAGAGUCAAUAUUUGCAGUGUUGACCCUUCUUUUUCAAGACCUCUGCAAUCCGCCCUGGCAUGCUGUCUCGGCCACAUCCUGACUGAUGGCAGCCCAUUCUUGCAUAAUCAAUGCUUGGAGUUUGUCAGAAUUUGUGGGUUUUUGUUUGUCCACCUGCCUCUUGAGGAUCGACCACAAGUUCUCAAUGGGAUUAAGGUCGAUGUUUUGUUCCCCAAGCCACUUAGUUAUCACUUUUGCCUUAUGGCAAGGUGCUCCAUCAUGCUGGAAAAGGCAUUGGUCGUCACCAAACUGUUCUUGGAUGGUUGGGAGAAGUUGCUCUCGGAGGAUGUGUUGGUACCAUUCUUUAUUCAUGUGUGUUCUUACCUUGGCUGAGAAGCAACCCCACACGUGAAUGGUCUCAGGAUGCUUUACUGUUGGCAUGACACAGGCUGAUGGUAGCGCUCACCUUGUCUUCUCCGGACAAGGUGUUUUCCGGAUGCCUCAAACAAUCGGAAAGGGGAUUCAUCAGAGAAAAUGACUUUACCCCAGUCCUCAGCAGUCCAAUCCCUGUACCUUUAGCAGAAUAUCAGACUGUCCCUGAUGUUUUUCCUGGAGAGAAAUGGCUUCUUUGCUGCCCUUCUUGACACCAGGCCAUCCUACAAAAGUCUUCACCUCAUUGUGUGUGCAGAUGCCUAAGCAAGCUCUGCACUGGUGGUGCCCCGAUCCCGCAGCUGAAUCAACUUUAGGAGAUGGUCCUGGCGCUUGCUGGACUUUCUUGGGUGCCCUGACGCCUUCUUCACAACAAUUGAACCUCUCUCCUUGAAGUUCUUGAUGAUCCGAAAAAUGGUUGAUUUAGGUGCAAUCUUACUAGCAGCAAUAUCCUUGCCUGUGAAGCCCUUUUUGUGCAAAGCAAUGAUGACGGCACGUGUUUCCUUGCAGGUAACCAUGGUUAACAGGGGAAGAACAAUGAUUUCAAGCACCACCCUCCUUUUAAAGCUUCCAGUCUGUUACUCUAACUCAAUCGGCAUUACAGAGUGAUCUCCAGCCUUGUCCUCGUCAACACUCUCACCUGUGAUAACGAGAGAAUCACUGACAUGAUGGCAGCUGGUCCUUUUGUGGCAGGGCUGAAAUGCAGUGGAAAUGUUUUUUGGGGAUUAAGUUCAUUUUCAUGGCAAAGAGGGACUUUGCAAUUAAUUGCAAUUUAUCUGAUCACUCUUCAUGACAUUCUGGAGGAUAUGCAAAUUGCCAUCAUCAAAACUGAGGCAGCAGACUUUGUGAAAAUUAGUAUUUGUGUCAUUCUCAAAACUUUUGACCACGACUGUAGAUAUGAAAACACCCUUACAGUACAUUAUCACACACUGUACACACACAACCAGCUGAGCAAUAGAGGCAUCCUGGCACCUUGCUACAAAUCACACACACACACACAGUCACAGCGAGCUGUCCUGUCUCCUCGCUCUAACACACACAGCAUGCCAUGGAUUAAGCAUCCCCACUGGGUUGACAUAUGGGCCUGAUGUAUGCCAGAGCCCCACCGCGCAGUUUGAGCCUCCUGGCGCAGUCAGCCUUGAAUCUCCUAGUGCAGGCAGAGCCCCAUGGUGCAGGCAAAGUCUUCUUGUGCAGUUAGAGCUGUCUCGCCUAAUAUCAGGCCCUUGAUGCAGGCUCCGCUUCAGGUUUGAGUUGGGAUUGAUGCUAAGGCAAGCCUUAGGGACUUUCCUCUCCUCUCACUCCCUCCAUAUACAGUGUAUACUAUUUCCUUGUAUCUCCCAUAGCUACAGUACUAUAGACAUGAAUAUAGGAUAUCUCUCUGUAUCUCCCAGUGCUUCUGUACUAUAGACAUGAAUACAGGAUAUAUCUCUAUCUCCCAUAGCAACAUUACUAUAGACAUGAAUAUAUGAUAUCACUCUGUAUCUCCCAUAGCUACAGUACUGUAGAUAUGAAUAUAGGAUAUCUCUCUGUAUCUCCCAUAGCAACAUUACUAUAGACAUGAAUAUAUGAUAUCUCUCUGUAUCUCCCAUAGCUACAGUACUAUAGAUAUGAAUAUAGGAUAUCUCUCUGUAUCUCCCAUAGCUAUAGUACUAUAUACAUGAAUAUAGGAUAUCUCUCUGUAUCUCCCAGUGCUACAGUACUAUAUACAUGAAUAUAGGAUAUCUCUCUGUAUCUCCCAUAGCUACAGUACUAUAAACAUGAAUAUAGGAUAUAUCUCUAUCUCCCAUAGCAACAUUACUAUAGACAUGAAUAUAGGAUAUCUCUCUGUAUCUCCCAUAGCUACAAUACUAUAGACAUGAAUAAGGAUAUCUCUGUAUCUCCCAGUGCUCUUGAGGAAGUGUCUGAGUGUGAUAUCCCUGGACACUGAGACCUGGUACAUCUGGUUCCUUCCUGUCUCUCCCUGACGGAGCAGAGCGGUUUAAUUUAUUCUGACACUUCGCUAUAACACCCGUCUCCUCAGGGGCCUUUCUGGGUUCUCAGCUCUCCUCUGCUCUCGACUUUCAGAUUGAUUCUGUUCUUUUCUCUCAUCCACAUAUGACCACUACGCUCACUGCCACCUCCGCAAGGAGGCCUUCAGAUAUACUAUAUGGCCACGCUCACUGCCACCUCCGCAAGGAGGCCUUCAGAUAUACUAUAUGGCCACGCUCACUGCCACCUCCGCAAGGAGGCCUUCAGAUAUACUAUAUGGCCACUCUCACUGCCACCUCCGCAAGGAGGCCUUCAGAUAUACUAUAUGGCCACUCUCACUGCCACCUCCGCAAGGAGGCCUUCAGAUAUACUAUAUGGCCACUCUCACUGCCACCUCCGCAAGGAGGCCUUCAGAUAUACUAUAUGGCCACUCUCACUGCCACCUCCGCAAGGAGGCCUUCAGAUAUACUAUAUGGCCACUCUCACUGCCGACUUCCGCAAGGAGGCCUUCAGAUAUACUAUAUGGCCACUCUCACUGCCACCUCCGCAAGGAGGCCUUCAGAUAUACUAUAUGGCCACUCUCACUGCCACCUACGCAAGGAGGCCUUCAGAUAUACUAUAUGGCCACUCUCACUGCCACCUCCGCAAGGAGGCCUUCAGAUAUACUAAAUGGCCACUCAGACAUGACUACUCUCACUGCUACCUCCAUGAGGAGGCCCUCAGACAUGGCUACUCUCACUGCCACCUCCAUGAGGAGGCCCUCAGACAUGACUACUCUCACUGCUACCUCCAUGAUGAGGCCCUCAGACAUGACUACUCUCACUGCUACCUCCAUGAGGAGGCCCUCAGACAUGACUACUCUCACUGCUACCUCCAUGAGGAGGCCCUCAGACAUGACUACUCUCACUGCUACCUCCAUGAGGAGGCCCUCAGACAUGACUACUCUCACUGCUACCUCUAUGAUGAGGCCCUCUUAAACACUACAUGACCAACAUCUCAUUCCAAAAUCAUGGGCAUUGAUAUGGAGUUGGUUCCCAUUUUUCUGCUAUAACAGCCUCCAUUGUUCUGGGAAGGCUUUCCACUAGAUGUUGGAACAUUGCUGCAGGGACUUGCUUCCAUUCAGCCACAUGAGCAUUAGUGAGGUCAGGCACUGACGUUGGGCGGUUAGGCCCGCAGUCGGCAUUCCAAUUCACCCCAAAGGUGUUCGAUGGGGUUGAGGUCAGGACUCUGUGCAGGCCAGUCAAGUUCUUCCACACCAAUCUCGACAAACCAUUUCUGUAUGGACCUCGCUUUGUGCAUGGGGGCAUUGUCAUGCUGAAACAGGAACGGGCCUUCCCCAAACUGUUGGAGAAUGCAUGUAUGUCUGCUCGAUUGUAUACACCUGUCAGCAAAGGGUGUGGCUGGAAUUUCCUAAUCCACUAAUUUGAAGGGGUGUCCACAUACUUUUGUAUAUAUUGUUUGACCACUCACCUCCAGCUCAUUAAAACCUCUCUGCACUCAUCAACAAACUGACUCAUUCCUUUUCUCUCUGUUUGGGUUUUCCAUUAAGGUCUGAGGGUGUGUUUGUUCCCACGCUGCCUCUCUGUAACACCACACAACAAGUCCACAGAGCUUUGUCAACAGUCCUGGCUGGAUUCUCCACUAACAACAUUACUCUCUACUUAUCUACUGUGUCCAUGAUUCACUACUACAUUGUUAAUGAUGAUACACCAUUGACAUCUUCAUGAUAGUGUUUAAUACAUUCUGACAGGGUUUUACCCAUCUGGUUCUUACAAGUGUUUUUUCUCUGUAUAUAAUGAUACAGUGCUUCCUGCUGUCAUUGUUUUGUGUAAUGUCACCUUUUUUAAGUGAUGUUAUAUGCUAAUGUGAUGCUAUUGCGUAUGUACAGUGAGGGAAAAAAGUAUUUGAUCCCCUGCUGAUUUUGUACAUUUGCCCACUGACAAAGAAAUUAUCAGUCUAUAAUUUUAAUGGUAUGUUUAUUUGAACAGUGAGAGACAGAAUAACAACAACAAAAAUCCAGAAAAACGCAUGUAAAAAAUGUUAGAAAUUGAUUAACAUUUUAAUGAGGGAAAUAAGUAUUUGACCCCCUCUCAAUCAGAAAGAUUUCUGGCUCCCAGGUGUCUUUUAUACAGGUAACGAGAUGAGAUUAGGAGCACACUCUUAAAGGGAGUGCUCCUAAUCUCAGCUUGUUACCUGUUUAAAAGACACCUGUCCACAGAAGCAAUCAAUCAAUCAGAUUCCAAACUCUCCACCAUGGCCAAGACCAAAGAGCUCUCCAAGGAUGUCAGGGACAAGAUUGUAGACCUACACAAGGCUGGAAUGGGCUACAAGACCAUCGCCAAGCAGCUUGGUGAGAAGGUGACAACAUUUGGUGCGAUUAUUCGCAAAUGGAAGAAACACAAAAUAACUGUCAAUCUCCCUCGGCCUGGGGCUCCAUGCAAGAUCUCACCUUGUGGAGUUGCAAUGAUCAUGAGAACGGUGACAAAUCAGCCCAGAACUACACGGGAGGAUCUUGUCAAUGAUCUCAAGGCAGCUGGGACCAUAGUCACCAAGAAAACAAUUGGUAACACACUACGCCGUGAAGGACUGAAAUCCUGCAGCGCCCGCAAGGUCCCCCUGCUCAAGAAAGCACAUAUACAGGGCCGUCUGAAGUUUGCCAAUGAACAUCUGAAUGAUUCAGAGGAGAACUGGAUGAAAGUGUUGUGGUCAGAUGAGACCAAAAUCGAGCUCUUUGGCAUCAACCCAACUCACCGUGUUUGGAGGAGGAGGAAUGCUGCCUAAGACCCCAAGAACACCAUCCCCACCCUCAAACAUGGAGGUGGAAAUAUUAUGCUUUGGGGGUGUUUUUCUGCUAAGGGGACAGGACAACUUCACCGCAUCAAAGGGACGAUGGACGGGGCCAUGUACCGUCAAAUAUUGGGUGAGAACCUCCUUCCCUCAGCCAGGGCAUUGAAAAUGGGUCGUGGAUGGGUAUUCCAGCAUGACAAUGACCCAAAACACACGGCCAAGGCAACAAAGGAGUGGCUCAAGAAGAAGCACAUUAAGGUCCUGGAGUGGCCUAGCCAGUCUCCAGACCUUAAUCCCAUAGAAAAUCUGUGGAGGGAACUGAAGGUUCGAGUUGCCAAACAUCAGGCUCGAAACCUUAAUGACUUGGAGAAGAUCUGCAAAGAGGAGUGGGACAAAAUCCCUCCUGAGAUCUGUGCAAACCUGGUGGCCAACUACAAGAAACGUCUGACCUCUGUGAUUGCCAACAAGGGUUUUGCCACCAAGUACUAAGUCAUGUUUUGCAGAGGGGUCAAAUACUUAUUUCCCUCAUUAAAAUGCAAAUCAAUUCAUAACUUUUUUUACGUGUUUUUCAAGAUUUUUUUGUUGUUAUUCUGUCUCUCACUGUUCAAAUAAACCUACCAUUAAAAUUAUAGACUGAUCAUGUCUUUGUCAGUGGGCAAACAUACAAAAUCAGCAGGGGAUCAAAUACUUUUUUCCCUCACUGUAGGUGUGGUUUGUGAUGAGUAUUGUGUUGGUGUUGGCGUUUGUCACUCAGAUCAGUUCUUCUGAGAUGUGGGGCUCUUUGAGUCUGUAGGAGUGUUUAUCAAAUCUGUGUGUUACGUUUGUAUUGUGAUUGUAUCUGUGGGUGUGUGUCAGUGUAUGUAUAAAAUCUGUGUAUUUACAUUAAGUGUGUGUGUGUGUGUGUUUCAGAUAAACACCGGACAGGUGGGGGCUCUACUGGGUCGGCUGCCCUGUACCUUCAGACAGGAGCUGACAGGGGUGGGCGCCAGCCUGGAGAAACGCUGGAAGUUCUGUGGUUUCGAGGGCAUCAAGACCACAUAG